GGAUAAGCGGGCGGCUCCGCGUUCCUCUCUCUCUCCGGCCCCAGCCGCAGGGCGCGGCGCCUCCUAGCGGAGCCGGGGCAGAUCCCGCCGCCGGCUGCCUUUCUCGCGAGAAUCCCCCCACUCUGACGGGGUUAUGUAACCCGCUCCCCUCACCCACCCACCUACUUUUUUAAAGGGCCCGCUUCUCCUCACGCCGGGAGGGGAGGCGCGACUGAGGGGGGGGAAAAAAGCAAGUCCCAUUGCCGGGGUCCGGCCUCCUCCCGGCUCAAUGCCCCUCACAGGAAGGGGGGGCGUGUGCGCCCGUGCCCGCGAGUCCCCCUCCUCUCCGGCCGGACAAUGAGUCCCAUAUGCUAAUGAGCGCCUCGCGUCACUUCCGCUCUUUCUCGGCCGCCAUCUUGGCCAGGGCAGGUUCUGGGCAGGAGGGACCCGGCUGUAUUGUCUGCAGGGCGCCUAGGGAGCCCCCCCUCCCCUUCCCCGCGGCCCGGAGCCCGACGCCCCUCGCCCCGGUGACGGAGCCGCUGCCGCCUCCCCCUCAUCCCCGCUGAGGGCCCAGCCCCCGCCCUGCCCCCCGCGCAGCCGGCCCCCCCCGGCGCAGCCCGCCAUCCAGCCCCCUUUGUCUCCCCCGCACCGCCGGCUCCGCUGCCCGCCCGCCCGCCCUGCCGGGAGCCGCUAACAGGAGCAGCAGCGCCGCCGCCGCCGGGGGAAAGAGCGCCCGCCGCUGCUGAGGAGGGAGCGCGAGACCCAGCCAGGUAGGUGCCUGAGCGCGCGCUGGAGCCCCGCGCAACCCUCCCUCCCUUCCCUCGCCCUCCCUUCGCCGCCGCCGCCGCCUGCUUUCUUUCUCCUCCUCCUCCGGUGCAGCCGGGCCCGGCGGCCUCCGAUGCUCGCAUCUUUGCACAUGCCGCUAAGAAGCACUCGCUCCCGGUCCCUCCCUCCUUUCUUCCUCCUCCUCCUCCUCUUCAUCUCCAACCGUCCGAGGCCGGGUUGUAAGGCGCAGGAGGACGCCUCCGUAGCCGGCUUUCCUCUCCCUUGCUUGCCUUAACUCCGGGCGCCUCUCCGUUUGCAUCGCGCUCUCUCGCUUUCUCCCACCCCCCCACCUCCCGUUCCUUGCAGGGAGGCGGCACAUGGAUGUUGCGCCCGACCGCGAUUGCAUGGGCUGCAUCGUGGACCGACGAAGGAGGGAACGAACGAACGAGCCGGGCGGGCGUGGGGGGGUGGGUGGGCAAGAGGAUGGCGAAUGCAGCCCGUCCGCUCCGGCAUGCAUGCUCGGAGAUUCGCCUUUUCCUCCAGCAUGUGCGCUGGAAGGAGAGGAGGUGCGCGGGGGGGGGGUAUGAGAGGAAGCGAGGAAAGCCCCCUUACGACUGCAGAGUUGGCGCUGGAAAUUUAGAGCAGGCUGCGGUGCAAUGAAUGGAGAACGGCCGCCUCCUCUGCGACCCCCCCUCCCUUUCCUACUUAGAGGUGUCGGGUGUACUGGAAAAGGCGGGAUUCGUAGCUGUAGCAGAGUAGCAGCUCCAAGCGAGUAACAGGCACCCAUCCACCCCCGUAACUCUUGUUUACUGCAUCCAUCCCGCGCAGUAGUUCUUCUAACCUAUAUUUCAGACAAAGAAGAGGGAAAAGGAGGUUGCCUUCUGCUUCUGUCGCAGACAAACACCACCACCAGGCACUUUUCCCUCUAACGUGCCUUUCUACUCCGGUGUUGUGACUAUUUAUGUAUUUGUCCGUCUCCCCCAUCCCCAGUUCAGUUUUACUUAGGCGUGUGCGUAAUCAGCGCGUGGCUUCAUGUUAAAACUACCGUUGCUUGGGGUUUGUGGCCAUCGAAGGAAAAAAAUACCAGCCCCCACCCAAACUGCACCGCAGCCAAGUCGGUGGAAUGGAGAAAUGAGCAUGCAAGUCAGUAGGGGGCGCAUUCUUUUAACUGGGUAAGGCUGCUGCAGAGAGGGGGGGGAGGGCCCCAGAUGCACGGAAUGGAGUUGCCACACAGCGCCUUCUAUAGGCCUGGGAAAAUGGGCCUAUCACUGCAGGCUCAGUUGCUCUGACAGCACAGGCAAAGAUUUAAGAGAGCAGAGAGCAUUGAUUUUAAAGAAUCUGGCCACUUCCAUCUGCUUUCCUGGAAAACAAUGACCAAGUGUCAUCCUGAUGUGGUACCUAAAUUCUCUGCCGUUCUUGAUGCACCUUACCUCCCUGAAGCUUUUGCAAAAAGUAACGGAGGUUGAUUGUGUCUGUGCCACUGAAGCAGCCGGAUGGUAGUUAAGAAGUUGCUUCCCAAAAUCAAGGUGGUGAUUUAAAGGAAGGGACGUAACUACAAUGCAGUGAGGGUGCUUUAAGCCUUUUCUAGGUUUAACAUUAAACUUUGUUCCAGGUUUGAACAUAAAACUUCAUGAUGAGUAAAGGAACUACACUUCAACUCAUUUGUGAUUGGGGAUGCCAUGUAUAUUAUUUACUUGCAUGGCUGUUUCUUGUGUGGUGCAGUUCAUGAUAAUAGAGAUUGUUAGGAAUUUCCAAAUAUGCAUUGCCUUUCCUCAGGCACUGUUUCUUGUUGAAGAAGUAUUGCAGAUAUCUGUGACAAUUAGGAGAUAAAAACUUGAGUUCUUGGGGAAAACAAACAACUCCUACAAGUUCAUCCUGUGGCACCUGCCAAUUUUAUUCUCAGAAUUUCAAUGUUUAGUGGAGGCAAUGUGUCAGAUAAAGAAAAAUGCCACAUGUGCAGUAUGGUGUGACCUACAUUUACAUUAUUAUCUCCCUCCCUGAUGUCAUGCUUUGUGUUGUAAGAGUACUAAAUUCAGGUUUUUGUCCCAGGAUUUCAAACACCACUUCCUUCACCUGGACAAAAGUGGUUCUGUAUGCUCUGGUGAUAGAUGCUAAAAUGAACUGAGAACUAGGCAGAAGCUUUAAAAGCUUAUUUAAAAGAUAGCUGCUUAAAAAGCAAGACCAAAAAAAGUCUACUAACAUUUUGUGUUUGUUCUAGAGUGUUUUGAUGGGAACUGGAAGCAGUUGGAUAGCAACCGAUCAACACAUUUAUUGCAAUGUGCAAUGAAGCCAGAGCAUCCUAGAAAAAUGAAAGAACCAUAGCUUCCAAGUAUGUCUGGUUGAGGUUGCUUCCUUGAACUAUGGUUGUUUAAAGAGUUGACAGUGUUUUCAGUGUCAAGAGUAUAAACACCUGUCAGGAAAGAUGUGCAUUUUAUCACAGUUAAUGUACUCUGCAGUUAAAAGAAAUACUGUAUUGAACUUAAUUCAUACAAUAUCCACCACACUUGUAUGAUUCUGCAGGAAUUCAUCCUACUUAAUAUUUUCUUACAUGUGCUUUCCCCCCUUAAUGUUGAGAAACAUUUUCAUUCCUUUUCUGCUUGAUUUUUUUUAAGAUUUAGAAAGUUUCAGCUGUGAUAAAUAUGCCAACUGUAAAUUUGACAUAUUUGCUUGCUGGAAUAUUUUGGACAACUGUUCUACUCCAGUGGUUUAGUAACCGAUAAGGAAUCAUUCUGAUAGGUCAUGAAACCCACUUUGAGUUGGUAUGAUUCAAUUUAGACUCUAUUCCCCCCCCCAAACACUUUCAUACAUGUUGAAAAUUACAAAUGUUGGAAAUCCCAGGAGAGAUUAUACUACAUAGCCUAGUUCUGUAUUGCGUGAUGCUACUGUGAUGUCUAAUAAACGAAAUGCUAAAACCAUUUUACUUGAGUUUCAGCAUGUAGUGUCUUGAAUCCUAUUCUACAUGCAGAAAACUACUCAGCUACAGCUUAUUUUAAAGUCAAGUGUUGUCGGUUAGUAAUGGCAGAAAGUAGAAAAUGUGUCAUGAAGCACACAUUUUUUGCAGGUUUUGUAAUUUUAAACAAAUUAGAGUGGUGUCAUCAAGAAAAAAAUAAAUGCACAGGAAUUCAGAAAGAGUUAUUGACCGUUGCUGCAGAAAGCCCCAUCCCCAGGUAAAACCCAAAUAUUUUGAACUUCCCAAAGUGUAGGAGAUGAAAAAAACAAAGACGAAUUUUCUUGUAGUGCUCUCAUUUGAUGCAGAAAGUGCUGUAAUCGUUGGAAAAGGAUUGGGCAUUGUGUGUGUGUGUGUGUGUGUGUGAAACACUUUCAUAAACAAGCACUUCGUUGGCUCCUUGCAACAUCAGUCACCUGGAAUGGGAUGGGGAGCACACUUUUCUGUUCUCAACUCUUAAUUGUACUUUGAGAUGGGCAGGCAGAGCCCUACAUUGCCUACAGUUAGUGCAAAGCAAUACUUGAACAUUUCAGAUAGUUGUGAAUGAAAUAUGCACAUCUCAGUGCUCUGGGCAGUGGCUUUGAGAUAUUUAAGAUACAGUACUUUUAACUGGAAUAGUUAAAAAGAUUUGGAUUGAAACUUGCAGUGUUUGUAUGUCAGUUUGGUAAAAAUCCUGGGUACAGCCUUGUUUUAUGAUGCAGGCUGCUGGUGGCAAAGUUUAGAGCAGUGUACAUCUUUUUCUUGCACAAGGCUGUGGAUGCAAUUCCUUGUUUCUCCAGUUGAAGAAUCUUCUGCAUCGGAGCAGGGAAAUACCUCUGCCUGAGACAUUAAGUGUUAUUACCCAUUGUAGUGGGAUGCAUAGUCAAGCAGAUCUGACUUGUAAAAUGCAGCAUUGUUUUAUUCUUAUUCGAUGGAUUGUAAAUGGACAUUAAGACCAAAGCAGAAAAAAAUCAGUAUCAGGUUUGAAGAUCUGCUGUCAGGCUGCAGUUACACUUACCUGGGGGACUCAGUAAGACUUGCAUCUAAGUAAACAUGAAUAGGAUUGUGCUGCAAUUCACUUGAAAGGCCAAAAUUAGAAGUACAUGAAACAUUUUACUUGAACUGUAUACAUGACAGAGCACCUGAUUUUUUGCCAGUACACUCCAGCAAGUGAAGACAUCUAUCCCAUUCAAAAGUUUAUCAUGAGGGUUGAAGGACCCUCUGGUACAAAAUAGGAUAUGAUGUAGAGGGCUGCAAUUAGUAUGGGGUUUGGUGAAAAUUGUGUGUUUUGCCUUAAAGUUAUUCUGAUAGUAGGCCACCACUGUAUGCAACCUCAUGCUUCCCUGAAGUAAGCCACUGUCAGUAAAUAACUUUAUAUGGUCAGAUCGGUGUAGUUAUCAAAUGAUAUUUGGUGUUUAUAUACUUUGCUUUUAGCUUCCAUAUCUGAAUAUAACCUAUCCAUAUUUAUUAAACAGAAAAAGCUGCAGAAUGGAAUUGUAUUGUAAUUUCAAAAUAAUUAAACAAGUAUUAAGCAGUAUGAAAGUGUGAUCAUGUACUGUACACAGUUACUUGUUAGUCUUCUUGAAUUUACUGGGAUUUGCUCAGUCAUGUGUCCAAGCCAGUGUGCUUGAAGCCCUGAAGAUUUGCACUGUAUUUUAAAAGGGAGAAAGGCAGAGAGUAUUGAAACUAAUCAGCUAUGUGUGAGUGAAUGUCUUACGCUUUAGCUUGUUCUGUUUUCUUUGUCUUUUUCAAUAACCUUUUUACUGUCCAUGUGCCUGUCUUCAUCUGUUCCUCUCCUGUUUGAUUCUUGAUCUAUAUUUUUCUUUGUUGUUGUCACCACGGGACAUAAAAACACAAAACAACAUUUGUUGGAUCCAACUGUCCAUUCCAUUAUCCUGUUUGCAAUAAUACUUGCUUAUGGGUGCUUAUAAGAAGCAGCCACAACUUGGUCCAAGAGGGGAAUACCGUAUUUUUCGCUCUAUAGGACGCACUUUUUCCCCUCCAAAAAUGAAGGGGAAAUGUGUGUGCGUCCUAUGGGGCGAAUGCAGGCUUUCCCGAGCUUCCUGCAGCUCCGCGCCACCCUCCCGAUCCCGGCGCGGGGCUCCGGAGAGCAGCGCAGAGCUGCCUGCAUUCCGAAGCCUGGUGCACGCUGAAGAGCGCGCCCGGGCUUCGCGCACCUCUCCACAAGCCUGGGGAGACCGGCUCGGUUCCCUAGGCUUGCAGAUAGCAGGCUGUUCUGGGGGCUGGGGUCGGGGGAAGCUCAGGCUUCCCCCGUGCCUGGGGAGGGAAAAAAAAUUUUUUAUUUAUUCCCCCCCCCCCCCCCCAAAAAAAUUAGGUGUGUCCUAUGGGGCGAAAAAUACGGUAUACUGUAUUAUUGCUUGCUUGUUCAGGGGUGCAUGUGCAAUGCUCCUGUCUGACCUAAUCAUCCAAGCUUUGUUUUGCUGGAGAGUUUGAAUGCUUGCUCUCUACAGUACUCCUCUCCUCACAUACCCAGUUGCCGGAGUUCCUUGUUUGUUAAAUAAGUUACCCCAUGCAACUGGCUGAAGCACUCCCUAAGAGAAAAUUUGCAACUCAUGAUCAGUUCAGACAUCAUGGGAAAAUUGGUUUAACAAACCAGGAAGUGUCUUCUAUAGCCAAGGGGUGGGGAGAGAAAGGAAGUGCUUGAGGUCAUCAGUUAUUCCUGCUUCAGUAAACCAUAGUUUGGACUGGGAAUUUUGCAUCAGACCUAGCCAAGGGACUUGAUAGCAUAAAGGCCAGGGAUACACAGAGGAAUGCGUACCGUAACUCUUUCAUUGUGAUUUUCCCCUGGUUAGAUUUCUGAAGUCAGACACCUUGUAGCUCCCAAGUUACAUUGGUCAUUACUAUGCUGUGAAAAGUAUGCCUACUUUUCUUAAGUUCACUGCAGUAUUAGACACCCUUAUUAGGUACCUCAUAGUUUCUAGGUUUUGCAUUUGUCCUUAGUACCCACAACUUAGCAGUAGGGAAAUAACAUACAGUAGUACCUCGGGUUAAGUACUUAAUUCGUUCUGGAGGUCUGUUCUUAACUGAAACUGUUCUUAAUCUGAAGCACCACUUUAGCUAAUGGGGCCUCCCGCGCUGCUGCUGCGCCGCUGGAGCACGAUUUCUGUUUUCAUCCUGAAGCAAAGUUCUUAACCCGAGGUACUAUUUCUGGGUUAGCGGAGUCUGUAACCUGAAGCGUAUGUAACCCGAGGUACCACUGUGCAAUUGAUGGUCUAACAUUUAGGGUUUUCCCUCCGGCAUUUCUACUCUAAUUUUUCAUAUGAAAUAGUGGCUCCAUAAUGCUUUGUUUUAUUUUUCUUCUACUUGUUCUUACACCCUCUCUUCUGCUGUCAUAAAUCAUUACAGUACUAUACUAGGUACUGUAUGCCCUAUUGAUAUACAUAGAAACAUUGAUGUGUUCUGAAUUGUUUCCGGUUCCUUUCUUGUUAGAAAUACUGUGUUAGGAUAAAGUGGCUUUAAGCGGUGAUUACAGCCAAAAUAAGUACUUUGUAUAAGACAGGUGUCUCAGUAGUUGUCAGGGGCAAAUAGAGGAUGGACAUUGUUUUCAUGCCCUGCUUGUGUGUUUACAGGGAUGUAUGUCUGACCACUAUCAGGAAUAGAAUACUGGAGAUAGAUAGAUCUUUAGUCUGUCAGUAAGAUACUAAAACAUUUCCUUCAUGGAAAUGAAUGAAAACAACCUUUAAUUUCCAACACUGGGCAAAAAUUUGUUAGGAAAGUGUAUUGAGUAGUAUAGUAAAAUGUUUACAACAAUGGGUAGAAUUCAGUGUUGCACUCUUCCAGUUGCUCUAGGAGUCCAAGCAUUUCAGCUUGUCAAUUGGAAUACUCUCCCCUCUUUCCCUGCCUGCUAUUCUGAGGGUCCUCCCUUGAGCCAAUUUUGGUGGGCAUGUGAGCAGGAAGCCCUGUUGCGCAAGCUGAUGUUCUUGCACAUGGCUUCUGCUGGUGGGGCUGGUUAGGUGAUUCCCGCCCAUUUAAAAAAAUGUCAAGCUACUUUUUGCAGUUUGUCUUUAUUACUAUUUAGUAAAGCACCCAGAGAGCUAAUUAUGAAAGUCUGAGCGUUCAAUGUAAAAUUUUGUAGGGCACAAACCAGCCAAAGGUAAGCAGUUUGAAGUUGUACAUGUUUGGAUUGGGAGUUCAGCAUGCAUUUCAUAGAAUCAUAGAAUUGUAGAGUUGGAAGGGACCCCCAAGGGUCAUCUAGUCCAACCCUCUGCAAUGCAGGGAUCUUUUGCCAAUUCCAUCCUAUAUACAGUUACCUGGAAGCUAAGCCCCACUAAGUGUAUAGAAUUGCAGCCUUAAGCUCAUGCCUAACUGUCCUGUACAAAGUACUUACCUAUGGCUAAAUUGUUCUCUUGAGUAUUUUACUUCUUUUACAGGGAUUUCCACCCUGCUAUUUAACCCUAAAUGGACUUUCAGAGCAGCCAACAAUUAAAAACCAGUAAUUUAAAGCAAGCAUUUAUUUAGCAUGUCAUGAGUGCCCAAAGCUAUGUUUGUUAAAUAAUCAGUCACAGCAACCCUGAAUUAACAGACUAGUACAGUGGUACCUCCAGUUGCGCACGGGAUCUGUUCUGGAGCUCCCGUAGGAUCCCGAGGAAUUCGCAACUGGAGGUGCCUGUUAUGCACGUGGUGCGGUAAAGCACUUCUGCGCAUGCACACAGCACACAGUGCUUCUGCGCAUGCACACGCAGCAAAACCCGGAAAAAUACUUCCAGGUGUGCCACGUGCGUAGCCAAAAGGAUACGCAACCAGAGGUGUGUGUAUCCCGAGGUACCACUGUAUUGGACUGAAGUUGUAAGUAUAGUGGUACCUCGGGUUAAGAACUUAAUUCAUUCCGGAGGUCCGUUCUUAACCUGAAACUGUUCUUAACCUGAGGUACCACUUUAGCUAAUGGGGCCUCCCACUGCCACCACGCCACCAGAGCACAAUUUCUGUUCUCAUCCUGAAGCAAAGUUCUUAACCCGAGGUACUAUUUCUGGGUUAGCGGAGUCUGUAACCUGAAGCCUCUGUAACCUGAGGUACCACUGUAGUGUGUCUUCAGCUGCCCAGAAAAUUCAUGGCUGAGAUUGUAGUAAGCAGCCUGGGCUUUAGUUGUAGACAACAAGAGAUUAAUGAUAUGUUAGACUAGGGUGCACUGCAGUACACAAGUUCUUCACCUUAUUGCAGUUCCCUACAUGUAUUCCUAAGCAGUGUGGCACACCCCCCCCCUCUAAUGAUGAUGAUGAUGAGACCAGUAGCUUGCCUUGUUUUCUUAAUGCAAAAUCUCACAGAAGCCUAAGGCCCUCCAGUUGUUAUUGGACUUCAGCUCCCAUCAGUCCCAGCCAGCAGUCAGGGAUGGUGGGAGUUGUAGUCCAAAAUAUCUGGACCAACACAUGUUACCCAUUCCUGCUGUAGGCAGAUAGCAGAAAGUCUGUGUGGAUGUCCCGUCCCCCCGCCGCUUAUGUCACAACUGUUUGAGAUACCUAUUUACCUUAGUAUUUAAUUUGCAUCAAUAGUUAUCUUCAUAUCUGUUGUGUGUCCUUCAGUACAACCCCCGUGACACAAACAGUCACAGGUAGAGUUGACAAGAAAGUGCUCAUGGCAGUAUUUUCCCUUGGCUUGCACCCAUGUAUUUGUCUAAGCAAGUACAUAAUUGGCGAAGGUAAAGGACUGUUCAUAGGGAUGAAAAAUGUGUCUUGUGACCUGAUAACAAACCUGCCUACAUUUUGAAGAGACUUUGCAUAUUUUCCUCUUUACAUGAUAGGAAAUACAAGGCUUUAAUUUCCACAGCAAUCAGUGUGAUAGCUUCGUGAAAAGUAAUACGUAAUACAGAUUGCUCUGCAGCUUAGUGCUUCAUAAGGAAACAGUUAAUUCCUUUUCUGUUAAGAAGUUAGGAUGCAUGCCCCCGCUAGAUGGCGUGUCAGCUGCCAGUGGAAAAUUCCAGAACUCGCCAUGAGUGAGAAAUGUAUGUGAGUCAAAAGGAUUCUGUUUGCUAGGCUGCAGAACAGAUGGGAAGACUAGACCAAAAAAGGAAGGUGGUCUUUGUAGGUUAUGUCUGCCUUGAAGCCCUCAUCAAAGUCCUUCCUUUUAACAUGGCAAUCAGGUGAUGUAUCAGCAAUUGUCUAACCUGUGGCUCACAAGUAAAAUAACCUUGGUGCUGAACAUAACUUUAGUGCCUAAGCCAAUAAGGUUUUCUGCGUUCCAAGAAUGCUGAGCCCAGCCCAUGCUUGAGUGUAAGCUUUCAUCCUUCCAUCCUCCUCUGUAUUUAACUGGAAGGUUUUGUGAGAGUUGGGUAGUCACAGAAAUUCCAAGGGAAGUGUUUAAAUAAACUUGCAACUGGAAUCCUCGGAGUUAGUGUAAUUCCUCUUUAAAAGCGUAUGCCAAAUAACAGUUCACGUGUUGCUGUUUAAACGGCUUCCUAGCAGAGCAGUAACCCUGGGACAUGAAGUAACCAGUAAUGUCAAAGGCACAAAAAGACUAAACCCUCCAACAUUAAGCGACAAUUUGAAAAUUGCAGUCUUUUGGCCUAAAUGGCGCUUCCUUUACAAGCUUCAUCUCUCUAGCAAACAUGUGCUUGUCAAUAAAAACUUUUGAAGAAAUAGUGCUUCUACUCCGUAAUUUCUUAGAAAACUUUCUAACUAGUGGUUGAGCACUCUAUAAAUAGAAGUGAAGCUUAUUUUGCCUUGUCUUUCAAAAUAAAAGCAAAGUUAAGUUUUAUAGCUGAAACUAACUUCACUUUUACACAGUUAUAAGGGUUUUGUUUAUAGGUAAUUCUAACUAAUUUCACUGUGAAUGGUUAAUACCCAUAUUUUCAGAAAAUACAUGUGCAGACAGAGGGAGAGGAUUGCGCUCCCCCCCCCCCCCCGCACACAGUAGGACUGUAGCAAGUGCAUCCUCCGUUUUGAAGUGAUGUUUUUAUGGUAAUCAAAUGCCUUUUCAUGAAGCAUGCAGUGUUGCUGAAUGAAAUUGCUGAGUUUAAAAAGUAAUUUAAACUUGUGGCAGGAUGGUGGUGGCUUUUAUCUGGACAGCUUCAAAGUAAGGUACUGGCUAUUAGAAUGAAUUUCUGAUCCAGAUGGUCCUUUAAGGGGGUGCACCAGUGUCUCCUAAAAUGUUACUGUUCCAUAGUACAAUGAGUGUCCCACUCCUACAUCAAUAUAUUUCUUGUAUGUAGAACCAGUGUAAGCAACUCAGAUAAAUAACCUAAUCACCAAAUUGCACCUUAAACCUAUGUUACAGUUGCCACAAACGAAUGUCUACGCACCAUUCUUUUUAAAAGUAAUAUUUUUAUUACUACUACUACUAUUCUAUUAUUUUCAUUUCUAUGCUGCUAUAUAUAUUAAAGAAAAGAUCUCAGAGCGGUUUACAACACAUUAAAGCAUCAACUAAAACAAUCCAGAAUAAAAGAAAUUCAAGCUUCAAGGAAAAUAUUUCAGAUCCUUCUCUAAGUGGCAUUUUGCUUUCCGCAUAUUUAUUUACCUACUUAAUUUAUAUAGCUGCCCCAUAGCAAAAGUGCUUUAGGAAGCCAGUGUGGUGUAGUGGUUAGAGUGUUGGACUAGAACUUGGGAGAUCAGUGUUCAAAUUCCCACUGAGUCAUGAAGCUCACUGGGUGACCUUGGGCUAGUCACAGCCUCUUAAGCUACCUCACAAGGUCGUUUUAGGGAUUAAUUGAGGAGCGGGGUGAAUUGUGUACUACUGAGAGGAAAAAGGUGGUAUAUAAAUGCAGUGAAUAAUCUCUUCUGCUUACCUGCAGAUGGAGAUUUCAGUUGCCAACCUGGCAUCCAGAGAUCUCCAUGUGGUUGCAAUUAGGCUUCUGCCAGUUGCAAAAUGCUCCUGGCACCUGGCUAAUUUCCAACACUAGAACAGCUUACUGUGAUUUGGGUUGGAGUAGCUGAAGGUGAAGGUUAUAUGGGGUUAUGCUACCUUUUCAGAGUGGCUUUAAAAAUGUACAAUAUAUGCUGUUGAACAUUUUAAAAUUAUUGUUUCAUAGACUGAAUUUAUUUUGGUCUGUGACUAAUAUCCAAAGAACCAUGAAUUGUUCCAGAAACCCAAAGUGGUUUUGGAUGUUUAUAUCCAGCAGUAGCCCCUGUCCCCUGCAGUGUAACAAACCACUUUUGCAACUGAGUGGAUUUUCAGAAGUGGGUUAUGAUGAGACAAAGGAGUAAUCCGCUCAAAGAAAAAAAAUGAGUUGUUGGGGCACUAGUACAAUUGUAGCUGGUACAAUUUGGAUGCCUGGGCUUAAGAUUUUUUUUCUGGAUCCUGGCUCAUGCGUUUAAAUUUCACCUAUGGUUUUAAAGCUACCAUGCCAUAAUCAUAUAUGCUAUAGUGCCUUGUAAACAAAACAGAUUGACUUGAGUGGAGGAGCCUUGUAAGCAGAUGACCUAAAUCUAAUCUCAUGAACGGUCUUGGUUUGUUCGGUGCUUACAUCAACAGCAGUGUUAAAAACUCGGGUAAAUAAGCAAGGCACCAAAUGACUCCUUAAACCAGGAUUACAGUCACCAAAAUGGAAUGCCUAGUUGCCAUUUUAGGGCUGGACGGUUUGAAUGUUGUAUUUUUCAAUACAACUUUUUGGUUCCUGAAAUUUGUUCUGAUUAUGCAGAUAAAAUAUCACAAAUAGAAUUCUGCAGGAUGUGUGUGUGGUUAGUGUCUAAAAAUAGGCAAGAUCCAAGGAUCUCCAGGCAUGCACCUCCAGAUGUUGCCUGGGUAUCUUCACAUGGUCACACGUGGCCAAUAGCCAGGUGCAAAAUGUGCCUGGCAAAUUUCGAAUGCUGAUCAACAGGCUGAUACACUCUAUAGAAACUUUGUUAUUUCAGAAGGAAAGUUAAUGACCCCAGUUCAGCGAGUCACAUAAACCUCUAUUACCUUGAAUGGUUCAUGGAGCCAGUCCAGGCAAGAUGUAUUUGCUUGUCUAAUGUGUUACUGUUAUCUGAAGCUAUUCUGCUUCCUGAAACUUCUGUUACCUGUUAUGCCUGGAAACCUUUCCCAGCAUGCCUUGUUUCCCUUACUUAAUUCAAAUCCCUGCUUCAAACUCAUAUUUUCACGAUGGUAUUGGAACACUCUCAGUGAUCCCAUGCCCUACUGUAACUAAGCCUAAGUCCUCAGAACUGAUAUUAGAAUAAGUAACUGAUGCAAGUUGCAGUAGAAGCAGAUGCAUAGCAGCUAUCAUUUCCGCAUUCUUUUGUAGGAAAAAAAGUUAUGAGGAGUACUUGUUGAAUUAAGCAUGCCGCAAGUCAGUAGAGUUGUUUAGCCAUUAGCAAGUUCUGUAGACAUUAUCUACUCGUAAGGUGUACAGAUUUUGUUGUACAAAUUUUGGAUUGUGGUUUUCUUUAAGUUGAUAAUGUUCCUGCAACAUAAAUGCGCUACUGCAUGUAGAUAUGCUAACAGUUCCAAGUUCAGUCCUAAGCCCUUUUAAUUGGAAAUGUCCUCUUGUCCCCAAAAGAAAGGGAGAAUCACUUGGUUCUCACCUCAGCACUAGAACUUACUUUAGGAUGACCGUACUCCAACAGUUGUAAGAUUUCUGUACUUUUAAAAGCUCUAUGGAAAUCAGACAUUCUUCAACUUACAUUGAAAGGACAAGAAAAACUGCACUAGUUUACCACAGCCUGCUUACUACUUACAGACAAAAGCCUGCUUAUUUUAAAAUAUGACUGUACUUAGAUGAUGGUUUCUGUGAAAUGUGUCCUUGUUGUGCUCCAGAUACAUCUUUAUUUUGAUUUUAAUGACCAAGUAUGUCAUUAUGUACAAAGUUGACUAACUUUUAGAAAUAUUGCAGGUCUACCCCUUCAUUGCCUGGGACUGUCAGCUGCAUCACAUAGAGAGUUAUAGAAGACUUACUGGGAUGGGAUAGUGCAUUCGGGAGCCCUAUUUGUGAACUUGGGAUGAAAGAGAACAUCCCUGCAUGUGCUGGUUCCACUUCCGUCCUUUGCAUGUUCAGCAUGAAGAUCUGAAGUGACAGUCUAUCAAGUAAAGGCUUUCUGAUUCCAGGGAGGUUUCUAAGCAUGCUUGCCCAAAUGCACUUAGAAUCCCCUUCAGACUUCGGUGCUGAAUAUAGAAAGCUCUGAAGUGGAGCCAGUGUGUGCAAGGAUAUUGGGGGCAGGUUUUGUGUCCCUCUCCCCACUUUAAGCCCACAGCCAUUAUUCCCAAAUGCCUGAAUAGGAUUAUAGCCAUCAACAAAUUCUUCCUGUUGGUGCUUUCUCUCAAAGCAUUGGGAAUAAGUUAGCUAUUAACUUAAGCAUGCAUAGGUUUAAGUGCUGUGAGCAGCAGUGGAGAAAAGUAGAACUAAAGGCAUGCUAAUGUAUAGAAAAAGUACAGUGGUACCUCUGGAUGCGAACGGGACUCAUUCCGGAGCCCCGUUCACAUCCUAAAGUGAAUGUAAGAUGCGCAUGCGCGGGUCGUGUUUCGCCGCUUCCGCACAUGCGCGGGUCGUAAUUUUGAGCGUCUGCACAUGCGCGAGCAGCAAAACCCGGAAGUACAGUGGUGCCCCGCAAGACGAAUGCCUCGCAAGACGGAAAACCCGCUAGACGAAAGGGUUUUCCGUUUUGGAGGUGCUUCACAAAACGAAUUUCCUAUGGGCUUGCUUUGCAAGACGAAAAUGUCUUGCGAGUUCCUGCGGGUUUUUUUUCCUUUCCCCCCCCUUUUUCCCAAGCCGCUAAGCCGCUUAUCAGCUGAUCCGCUAAGCCGCUAAUGGGCUUGCUUCGCAAGACGGAAAAAACCGCAAGACGAAGAGACUCGCGGAACGGAUUCUUUUCGUCUUGCGAGGUACCACUGUAACACGCUCUGUUACUUCCGGAUCGCCAUGGAGCACAACCUGAAAAUAUACAUCCCGAAGCUACUUAAACCUGUAUACGAGUCAGUGUUUUGAUGAAAAUCUCAAAAAAAAUAAAUAAUAAUAAUAGGUUGAGAUGCUACCCUGCUAUAAGUACUACUUUGGAUUUUGCUUAAAAUGUAGGCUAGUAAUGAACAGACUGUGGCAUAAGACUGAUAACAUUCCAAUUUAUUGCAUGCUUAAGUGUUCAGUAUGCUUCUAGAUGAACUCCUUGGCUUAAUUUUCAACGAAGUAUUUUGCUGCAUUGGCAGAUGUGGAUUGGCUAGUGUGCUAUGUUUUUGUUCCAAGUAGUUACUUCUUUUAAUAGUGCCACUUUCUACUGUAGUUUGCUUUUAGAACUAAUUGUCACAACCAUAACUCUAAGGCUUACCUCACUUUAAUUUUAUUUAACACUUGCUUUUGUUUAGGAGGAUAUGAACUUUCGCCUAUGCCUGUGCUGUGACCUCACAUAAUAGGCGUAAUACUCGCUGAAGUGGGAGGUUCGGUAAGGACAAUGAUUUUUUGGAAGCUUUUGCACAAAAUGCCCUCAAUAAGUCUGAAACCAAAGCACCAUUAAUUUGGGACAUAAAAUGUCCGUAUUAUGUGCCCUGAAUAAUGAAAAGAGACUUUUAAAUGUUCAAGAAUUGGUACUGCACCCAAGUGGUGUGUAGAUGAAUGGUUACUUUGGGACGUGGGUAGGCAACCUAAGGCCCAUGGUCCACAAGUGGCCCACGGGGGUCGUUUAACCAGCCCACGAGCCGCCCUCGAACUGAGUCGCCCGCUCGGCGAGUCCCCACUUGCUGCGCUAAACCAGUGUGGUGCGGGGAUUUGCUUCCGCGGCGCCGGAAAUCACGUCUGUGCAAAUGCAGGCACUGGAAAUUGCGGGCUCACGCAAUCGGGCCCACAGAGGGAUCUCUGCUGGAGUGAACCGGCCCAGGUGAGGUAAACCUUGCCAACCCCUUCUUUGGGACAUGGGCUUUCAUUGGCCAUAUGAAAAGCUGGCAGAGAUAACAUGCUGGGAGCUAAGUAACGUGGUGCAAAGAAGAGAAUUUCUGUUUCCAAAGGUGCUUGCACAAAACCAGUGGUAAAGGGGGGGUGCCACUGAUGUUAUAUGAACUUAGGCACUGUAUUAAAGAUUAUAACUACAAGCUUUGUCCCUCCAGCUAUCACCAUUGUGUGUUUUUUUUAAUUAAAUAAAAAACCUUUAUUUUUCCAAAUACAAUGCAGCCUAGAGAGUUGUAAGUAAAUGAAGAAUGCAACCAUCUCUGACCCCAGUGUACAAAACUUUGGAACCAAAAGAAAAAGACCCACCCCAAUCCUGGCAAUACAAUUAGGCAACAAAUAGAUAAAGAUAAUACUGCCUGAAGCUGCUGAAGGUUAAUCAGGGAAGCAAUGAGAUUAACAACCAAAUUGUGAAGGAAAUAAUAUGCAAUAUUAAUAGGCCAUGUUGCAUUAUAACUCCUGUCAUAGCGACAUAGUCUAAGUCAGUAUUGUUUAACAAUCCUUAAGGUUCCUUCGUUUUCAAGAAACACUGGUUUGAAAUCUAGGCUGGUUCCACAUAUGGUGUUACUACCCUGAAAUUGACAAUGUAUGUAGAAAGUGAUAUGACUGGCUGAAGUUAAUUAAGCAGAUUUGAAAACCUAUUUAGCAGCAUAGUAAUACUUGAGUCACCUUUAUAAAUAAGCAGUGUUUGAAGCCCAGAUGGUUGAGUGUCUCUGAAUGAAGUUGCUCUUAAAGAAGUUGCCAAGUUAAUGCAUUUUAAACAGAGAUGUAUUUGCACCUGUUCGAAAGCUUAAUUGAAAUGUUUCCUAGUUUGAGUUCCAUAUUUAUGAAUGAAUAUAAAUACCUUUGCUUUCUUUUAAACUAAAGAAUUCAUUUUUGCAUCUUCAUUCACACACAUAUUAUAUUCCUUGUAAUUAAUCAUUUCUCCAGAAUACUAUUGGCACCAAUUUAUUGGGGAUGUUUUCAAGAUGGAAUUUGCAACAAACUUUACAACAAACAACAAAGUUAGAAGGAAGCAAUGUGACAAAAGUAUUCUUUUAGGCAAUAGGCAAAAUAAAUGGCCUUUUUCUCAAAUGACUCCUACUGCUGCAUAUGCUAGAGCAGAGCAUAGAAUAUUUAUCUGUAAUGACUUCUGGCGAGAUACUGUUUUGCUUUUGUAGACUUUGGAAACUACAGUGGUACCUCGGGUUAAGAACUUAAUUCGUUCUGGAGGUCCGUUCUUAACCUGAAACUGUUCUUAACCUUAGGUACCACUUUAGCUAAUGAGGCCUCCCGCUGCUGCCGCCGCUGCACGAUUUCUGUUCUCAUCCUGAAGCAAAGUUCUUAACCCGAGGUACUAUUUCUGGGUUAGUGGAGUCUGUAACCUGAAGCCUCUGUAACCAGUGGUACCGCUGUAUUUUGUAGCACCCAAGCCACACAGUAAUUAAAUAGGGAUGAAGUGUGUGGUAACUCAAGAAGAGGCUUGGGGAAGGGGUCUCUUAACCUCCCUUUUUGUCAGCUGUUGCCCACUGAUCUGCAGCAGCACUGGUAUCUUAUGGUUUUGGUCCUAUUGAGUCCCAAUAUUUCUUGAUAAUUGGGGCUUGUAAACAAACAUUUACCUGCGAGAGUUUAUUUCCUGAAAUGUAAUCCCAUGCUGUUACAGGAAUGUGUAUAUACAUGAACAGCUAAUGUAGUUCCUUGCCAUGAGUUUGUUGUCCUGGGCAACAGUAACAUGUGAAUGAACUAUAACAUUAGCUCUAUCUUUGCAUUUGUUCUUGUACAUGUUCCUGGAACUGUGGGAAAGCAACUGCAGUGCUCCUGUAAGUAAGUGUGAAUUGAAUCCUGGUGGAUUGCUUAAAAUGGUAUGACUAAAGGAAAUAAAAUGCAAGUAGGAGUUGAGGCUGCUUCCUCUUCCUGCACCCCCAAGAUUAUUAGUAGUGUCAUGAGUCCCGUGGUGGUGCUGGGCUCAGGAGUGGAGGAUGACAUUGGAGUGGGUGCUGAAACCAGGAAACAGAGGUUGGAAAAGGCCGGUACUUAGCCUCUCCCAGGGCUCCACUCUACCCUCUUCCCUCCUGGAAAGAGGAGCACAGCAGUGGGAGGGCAUUAGCCCACUGCUAAGGGUGGAGGAACCAGUAUCAAGGGGACGGUACAGCCUGGUUGCCCAGGACCCAGAAUUGCUCCUGUUACUGGGAACAGACACAUCCUCCCAAAUGCAGUGCUCCUCUGACUAGGCUUACCUAAACUAUUAUAAUCCGAAUUGGGGAACUGGAAAACUAUCUGGUACUAGAUCACUAAACAUCUACUAAAGGUGUCAGUAUGAAAAAUAAUUAUCUCUUGUCUAUCCUGAAACUGAUAGGAGAUUCAAGGUAGGCAAGAGAUCAUUCUUGUUCCAACUGCAUAAUUUGACAAUGGCCACAUCCCAGGAAAUGGUUUCAGCUGGCUGGCUAAGCCAGUUGAGGGUAGGUGAUGGGUCUCAAACCCUCAGUGAGUCAGGGAUGUGCCCUGCAUGCAAAGACAGGUUCUGACGAAUUGAGCAGACAAGACCAAUAGCGGGCCAAAUGGUCAAGAAGGCGGUUUCAGCAUGUGCUAUAGAAGGAAGUGAGGGGCAGAUGGGGCUUGUCAACCUGGGAAGGUAGCCCGUCUAGGAGAAGAAAAACCUCCACUGCCCUGUUGGUUAUACUCAUUUGUGAGAAAGGCUUCAGGAGUAAACCCCGAGAAACAAUCCUGGCAGGCUGUGUGAUUCUUCAUUGGUUUGACUUCACCCCAGAAGCACACUCCAUUGUGUCUUGAGACAGACAGAUGCCAACAACAGGUACCAGUUGCCCCAGUUGAGACUAUAGUAGUUCAGGUAAGACAAGCUGAAUAAAUGAAUAAGGAUGGGAAAUACACUGUCAUAUAUAAUAAGAAAGUUGGGUAGGGUACUGAAGGAUAAACAAAGGACAGGCUGAACAUAUGCCACGAAACUCUUGCUAAUCAAUAGUCAGAAAACUGAACAAAAGCAGCUGCUUUUGACAUUUUGCUACCCAUGCCUGUGAGCACUCUGAUUAGAAAGGGUUGGGUGAAAUUCUAGCCUUUGAUUGGAAGCUAGAGUAGCCAUUGAGUAAACUGUAGGUCCCCUCCUCACCUCCCUGGCAAUUUCCUUAUGUGGUAGUGUUUGCCUUUUUUGCAGCCUUUGAGACCAGGCUGUUUGGCUUUCUCAGAGAGCAUUUUGAGCUCCAGAUUGGUUCAGAAUAACUCGCUUCAGACCAGGUCUGAAUCACUGCAAAUUGGCUCAAUUAGGUUCAGAAUUUGAGAUUCAUCCAAUGUGGUCUUGCAGUCCCAGUUACUAUGUCCCAUUUGAGAAAACGUGGUUAUUCUUGAAGAGUGAACCUCAUUUUCCAUUCUGGUGUUUGUCUUUUAGUUUGUAGCUGUAAUCUUGACUGAAACACAUAUUUAUUAAAUUGGAAUAAACUGGAAAAGUUUAUAUUAUAAAAUGCAAGCUAUGUGUCUGGUUUACUGUUUAAUGUUGAUUUCCAGAGGGGUAGCUACGAUAGAUGAGGUUUGUCUGCUUCUUUUAAGGUGUGGUGAAGUGCAGCACAGUGACAGGUUCUGCUUUACUAGAACAAUUUUAGGUAUCAAUCUGUAAUGAGAUGAUAUGGCUAUAUUUAGGAUUUAGAGCAUUCUGGCCUUAUUUAUGCAGUUAUGCUGUUCAGGUGUUUCCGGGUCCGCCUUUUGAUGAUACCAACUAUUAUGUAUAAACUGAUUUAACCUAGUUAAGAACUGAACUGCUUUUUAUAUUGCUUUUCCAUGGGAGGUUAUUACAACAUUUGUUUCCAGAUAAACACAGGAAGUAGUGGAAGGAAAGCACUUGCUGUGAUAAACUGUUCUUAACCAGCCAGCACAGUCUGCAAUUCAGUGUUUCAUGUUCUGACACCCACAGUCUAGUAGUUGUCUGUCGGCAGGAGCCGCAGACGGUUUCCCCCUAAGAAAUUCAGUCCAAUUAAUAGUAUUAGAUUAAAGCUGCAUACUUUCUAGUGCUUGUUUUGUUGUGUCAGUUCAUUCUUGCUUUUCUCUUAACAACUGUUUGUGGUUUCCUGUAUCAUAAUGAACGUGGGAGGACAAUGCCACUAUCUUACCUCCAUUAGCUUGGUCUAAAUGUUGGAAUGAAAAAUUCCUGCCAAUUUUAUGGUGCAGAGAAAUUCAAAGGGGAAGUGGGAUCAAGAAAGUAGAGACAAAGUCCCCCUGUUUUGUAAUACUGAAGCGUGGGGUCACUCAUUGAAACGGAUAGAAGGUUUAGGAUACACAAGAGAUAAUUUUUCACACUGCAUAAUUUGACAGUUGAGUUGAUUUGUAGCCAUCUGAUAACAGAUAGUUUUCCAGUUGCCUCAGUCAUGACUAUAAUAGUUGAAAAGUCCCUAGUCAGGCUGUUCUGACCUUAUAGUCUCUGCUGUAGUUUUGAAGGUGAAAUUAUCCUGAGGAAGUCUUGCAUUGAAGAAGUGAAAUUCCCUAACCUCAGGGUGCAUUUGUUUUGAAUGCAAAUUGGUCCUUUUAAAACCCCUAUGUGCACAUUGCAGCUUGGGUAUGUUGCUUGAGUCACCUAUGUACUUCAGUCUCUGAGGUCCAGUAAUGAAAUUUAUUUAUUUAGGGGGUUUUUUAUACUGCUUUUUAAGAUUGUUUACAUAAUAAAUGGCAGCUUAAAACAAUGUUCCAGUAAAGUUGUUUCAGAGUCUUCUCAAGGGAUGGGCUUUCACAUGCAGAUUUUUUCAGACUCACCAGAUUGUCUACACAGAUUCUGGCUGUCUUGGACAGCAGUCCUCUCAAGAAAUACCCAAUCCUACCCCAAGUCAAAUUUGGAGACAGAUCAGACAAUUUGCAAGGGAUUUCUCCUGCCACGCAGCUCUUUCUUCAGGUGGAAGAAACCUGUCACAUUCUCCACACCCCAAAAAGAUUGAAAAAUGGGGAAAAUGAUUAUGAAAUAAUUUAUAAAAUGAUUAUGAAAUAAUUUAUAAAAUGAUUAUGAAAUAAUGAAAUAAUAAAAUGGACAAAAAAAUUAAGACUAAGUUUUCAAAUACUUACUGCACCAAAAUGUUUUCUAAAACUGUAACAGGAAGUCUUGUGUAAGAUGAUGUACAGUAUCAGAUUAUUGCAAUUUCUAUCUAUACAGUGAGGACAAAUUGGUCCUGAAAAGCAAAGAUGCAUUUCUGCCUCUUGGAAGGCACUGCUAUUGUCAGAAGAGAAGGAAGAAAGAUUUAGUUUCUUCUUUGCUUGCGAACUUUCUCUUGUUGACGUAGUUGGUGGAUUUGCUUCUGUCCUCUUCUCUAUGCAUUGAAGGAUUGAGAAUGAGAGAAAGUACAGAACUACAAAAUUUUGUUUCCAUAUAAUUCACGCUGCUGCAAAUAUGUUGGACCCAGGAUUCAAAGGCAGAAAUGUAAGUGACGAUAACAUUGCUUCUGCAUUUGACUGGACUACAAAACACACAGCACGCUUAGGGCUUGAUUUUGGGACGGUACUUUCAGAUGUUGCAGAGUACAGAACAUCUCCAGGUAUUUGCCCAAGAAAUGUAGUUUGGGAUUCUGCCAAGCAUACCACUCUUGCAGCAUGGUGGCAAAGCCUUUUGUACAACACAGCCCCUGGUACCUCUUGCUUCUGCAGCAGGCGAAAGAUGUGGGUGUGGAAAUACACCAAAUCAAGAAAUAAACUGACGCAAACAGUAGAGGUCUGGUUCAAUCUAGGGAUUUUUAGAAGUCCAUUGUAAAUAUGGUGAUGAAUAUGAAGAAACAGAAACAGAUAGUGAUAGCUUUGAAAAGAGCCUGAUUACAUUUCAUGUAAUGUUCAUUGAGUUUUGUUCCACCUUCCUUCCUUCCUUCCUUUUCUCACCUCUUUUUAUGUCUGCUUGACGCUCUGGAGGAAUGGAGAAGACACAAUAGUUUUCAGAAUAAGUAAUAAUUUGUUUUACUCUACGCAAGUGAUGGGAUUGAGAAUUAGGAGAAAUUUGUUUUGCUUAUGGGACGUGGGUGGCGCUGUGGGUUAAACCACAGAGCCUAGGACUUGCCGAUCAGAUGGUCGGCGGUUCGAAUCCCCGCGACGGGGUGAGAUCCCGUUGCUCAGUCCCUGCUCCUGCCAACCUAGCAGUUUGAAAGCACGUCAAAGUGCAAGUAGAUAAAUAGGUACCGCUCUGGCGGGAAGGUAAACAGCGUUUUCGUGCACUUCUGGUUCGCCAGAAGUGGCUUAGGUAUGCUGGCCACAUGACCCAGAAGCUAUACGCCGGCUCCCUUGGCCAAUAAAGCGAGAUGAGCGCCGCAACCCCAGAGUCGGCCACGACUGGACCUAAUGGUCAGGGGUCCCUUUACCUUUACCUUUAUUUUUGCUUAUGCAAAGGAGUUUUUUGUUAAAAAUAUGUGCUCCUGAAAUGAAGUUGAAUGAAUUUGGUUUCCCGUUCUUUUAUAUUCGGCUUGCUAUGGCAAUUUCUGAAAUACCUUAAUCAAGCACUUAAAGAUUGCUCCUUUAACAGUUUGUAAUGUUUCAGGUAUAAUAUGAAACGCUUAUAAAAAGAAAAAGUAAUCCAUAUAGGGCCUUAACAACUUUGCUAAGCACUGCCAUGCAACUUGUAUAUUUAGGCUGGUUCGUAAGUGAUAUAAUGAAUCUACACUUUCAUUUAAGAUUUACAAGCUCACCCAGUCCAACUGACCAUUGAACAGUUUUGGCUGUGGCUGGCUUUAGUCCAGCUCUUACCUAAGUAGGCAAUAGUUGUUAAUGUCUACAUAAGGUCAGAAAUCAUUGCUAUGUAAACAGUUUAGCAUAUGAUAGAUUAUUUUAUCAAAGCGUCACUAUGAAAAUAUUAACAACUUUGUAUUUGUUGAAAUUGGUUCUUUUUUUGCAGGCAAUACCAUUUAUCUAAUUGCACUACUAUUGUGAGUAUUACUAAUGUAAGCAGAAUGCCUACCAACAGGCAAAAGUAAAUGACUUCUAAUUACAUAUGUGCAAUGCAAUCCUAUGCAUGUUUGCUAUUAGCAAGAGCCGGUUGUUGUGUGAUAAGAGUGUCAGACUUAGGACCUGGGAGAGUUUCAAAUCCCCACUUAGCUAUGAAGCUCAUUAUGUGAUCUUGGACUAGUCACUGCUUCUCACCCUGGCCUACUUUACAGGGUUGUUGUGUGGAUUAAAUGAGGAGGGGGAGAACCAUGCAAUGCCACAUUGAACUCCUUGGAGAAAAAAGUGGGAUAUAAAGACAAGAAACAAGCAAGACUUACUCCCAAGUGUAUUUAGGAUUUCAUCCUCAAAGUUAUGUACAGAAGCAAAUUACAAACAAUAUAAAACAUUCAAAGACAAAAACACAUAGUGAAAACAGCAAAAACAGCAUUUAAUUCCCACAUGUUCAUAGUUUCAUCUGGUUUGGUGAGAAUGCAUGAAAACUGGGAGUUUUUGAUUCUUUAUGUAUUAUCAUUGUAAAACUUCUGUACCAGUGUAUGCACUUUAAGUAGUGAUCAGGUCCCCACCCGCCAUAUGGAAUUGAUUGAUUGAUUGUAACCUGAAUUACAAAAUUGAGAAACAAGAUUGGUGACAGAGACCAUGCAUUUGGCACCAGUAAACCUCUUGUGAGAGGCUGUUCAUAACUUUGGUGCCACCACCAAAGAAGGCCCUAGUUGCCAGCCACCUCACUUCAUGUGGGAGAGGCCCUCAGAGCAGCAUGUCUGACUAAGAUCUUAAGGAUUGGGUAGGUAUAUUUGGGAAAAGAAUGAUAUUUCAAGCAGCCUGGCUGUUAGGCAUUACAGCAGGGAUGGGGAGCCUUUGGCUCCCCAGAUGUUAGAUUACCACUGCCAUCAUUCCUGGCUGUUGAAUACAUUGGCUGGGGCUGAUGGGAGCUGGAGUUCCAUAACAUCUAGAGGCCCACAGAUUCCUCACCCCUGCUUUAAGGGCUUUGAAGGUUAAAACCAGUUCUUAAAAACAGGACCCACAAACUGAUUACAAGACAUAGCAGCUGGCAGAGCAAAGGGAAAAUCUACUGUCUUGUGACUUUGAGCAAGUUGCUCAGUUUCGGUUUCCCCUUUUGUAAAUGAAAGAGCUCUAUACAGGAAUAAAUAUAAGUGGAGAUAUGCAAACUCUUGUAUAUUUUUGUGUUUACAGGCCCACUUGUUCCCGGCUAUACGGACCUAGAUUUGAAACAAUAAAAACUGCUAGCACAUUUGCAAAGCUAAGCAGAGACUGGUAUGGUUUCAAAUUAUAUGGAGGUCUGUUUGUUAGAUAUUCCUGCAUUGCCCGGGGGGGUGGACUAGAUGACCCUUGGAGGUACCUCCCAACUCUACAAUUCUGUGAUUCUAGGAAGGUACUAAUUUCCACUCGUUGCUUCAACGUUUUCAAAAUAAUUGUCUCCCUGACCUCUCUUAAAGACAGUAUGUGGAAUCCAGUUGGUGCCCUUGUACGCAUGGAAGGGCUUUUGGUUCAGUGGAGGCAUCUAUUAAUGGAAUAUGUCAGGGCGCCUUCUGCCAAGUUUCCCUUGCCUGUGACUCCGCAGUGCCACCGCCCCUGCAAAUCAGCACCACAGAGUUGGGGGGAACCAUCCAGAACAUGUUGGGAGGUGGUAUGGAGAGCAGCAGGGGAAUGGGGGAAAUCAGCAGAAAUCUCCUGUGCUCUCCUGUUAGCUGGAUCACCUCUGCUGGAUCAAAAGCCUUUCUGUGAAUGCAAGAUUACAGAUUGGAUUCCUCCCAGUGGGAACUAAUUGGACCUGGAUAGUGCCAGAACAACAUUUUAAAUAGGAAUUGAAUUGAAACUUUAGGUGGUUUCUUGAGAAAUCAUUUAGUAUAUGGCCUUGUAGCUGUUAUAACUACCCGUCUUAAAAACAGCUCCAUUUUCCCUCGGUGUUGUGUGAUGAUGGUGUUUUAAAGCUUUUCUGACCAGGAAUAUUCCAUGACUGACAAGUAGCUGAACCAAGCCAUUACCCAAGAUGCUUCAGAUUCUCAGAACUAUUUCAGACAAUGCAGCCUGCCUACCUACCUGAGGCCUCUAUUUUGUUGAAUUGAUCUGAUUUUUUUAAGUGCAAUUUUUUUUAAAAAAAGAUUUUCCUUCUGUUGUUUUUUUAAAAUUAUUAUUAAUUAUAAUAAGGUACCGGGAUGGGUUACAACAAUGAAAAAUACAGUUUAAAGUGGUUUAAAAAACAUGCAAUUAAACAAUUGCAAAAAAGUAGGGUUAGUCGUGAAAAUAAACAUCUCAGGUGUCAAAAGCCAGGGUAAAGAGGAGCAUCUUCAGCAUUGCCAAACAUUCCUCUGGGGGAAGGAGUCCUCCAGUUUUGACGCUGCCACAGAGAAUGCUCUCGUUAGGACUACCACCAUCUUGAGGGUCCCAGAACCACCACUGCCAUUUUUAGUACCUGAGAUGGUCUGUAAAGAAGGAGGCUACUUUUAAUGAACCAUCUCAUUUAGAUCUAUGGAGACAUCCUUGCUACAAUCCAUUAUCUGAAGUUGUCUUUGAAAAUAUACAUUAGAUCAUGUCUAACUGCAAAAAUAAUGUUGAAAUGUAUAAAUUAAUGGUGGUUGAUGUGCUGAAUAUUGCCAAUUCAAGAAACUUUCGAAUCUGCCUUGUACUUUUAAGACCAUUGAUCCAUCUAGCCCAGUAUUUCCUUGCUCUGAUUGACUGUAGUUCUCUUUGUUUUUCCCCAGUCACUGCUACCUGAAAUUCUUUAAGAGGAGAUGCUAGAGUUAUCGGCCCAGCACUAGCCAUAACCUAGAAGAAAGACUGGCACUUCUUUUCAGUACAGAGAUAAUGAUCUGCUGAUAGAUCUAGCCCAGAAUUCUCUACUCUGACUGGUAGCAUCUCUCCAAAGACCAGAGUCAGUAGAGCAUGAGACUCUUAAUCUCAGGGUUGUGGGUUAAGCCCCACAUUCCUGCAUUGCAGGGGGUUGGACUCGAUGACUACAAUUCUUUGAUUAUGCUCAUGGUGGUAUCGACUCAGCUAUGCAACUCAGGGUUGUGGCCCCUUCCAACUGCACAAUCCUAUGAUUCUUAGUUCUGCUUACCUCAGAUCCUAUGUGCUGUUAGAGAGCUUUCACACAAAUUUGACUAAAGUUAAAUACUGUAAAUUUGUGUAGCUCUUUCAGUAGCAUUACCUAGAAAAAAGGAAAUUGAAUGGGUUUUUAUGGAGCAAUGGGGACUACAAUUCUAUUAUUUCUACCAGUUGACUUUAUCACUCUGGGAAUUUUGAUGACCCCCAUUCUCAAACCUUAAUAUUUCUCAGCAUUAGCAGAUUCUGACCCUCAAUAUUUUUUUCUCAUUGGGUAUUUUUUAGAGACUAUUCAGUCCUCAGAUGAGGUGGGUAGACUGCUUAGUCUUUUCCAUACACCUCUUCAGAUGAAUCAGUUUCUCCUUGGGUAAGGUGUGUAUUGUUUCAAACAUUCUCUUUGAAUUAAUGAGAAAAGAAAUUGCAUUAGAAAAUUAUCACAGAGGAGAGAAGAUUUCACUGAAAUUCUCAUGGGCAGUGGGUGUAGGGAUUGUGUUAAACUUGCCUGUUAUCUGAGUUGGCCAAAGGGUGUUAGUGUCAUUCUACAAAUCAUCUAUCCAGUACAGUGGUACCUCGGGUUAAGUACUUAAUUCGUUCCGGAGGUCCAUUCUUAACCUGAAACUGUUCUUAACCUGAAGCACCACUUUAGCUAAUGGGGCCUCCUGCUGCUGCCGUGCCGCCGGAGCACGAUUUCUGUUCUCAUCCUGAAGCAAAGUUCUUAACCCGAGGUACUAUUUCUGGGUUAGCAGAGUCUGUAACCUGAAGCAUAUGUAGCCUGAAGCGUAUGUAACCCGAGGUACCACUGUAGUCUGCACUCUGCAGCCCUCCUGUGUCCUGGCACUUUAAUUAAAGGUUAGGGGAAGACUGUCUCCUGCCAUGAAUUUUUUUCAGAUCAGGAAGCAUGGACAGCCAGGAAGGCUGUGGAGUUUGGGAGAAAUUUAUACAGUGGGGAAGUGGGACCACUUAUCACUCUUGCCACCUUGUAAUGAUAAGGUAAGCUCAAAAUCCUACAUGGUCCUCUUUCACAAAGGAAGAACACUCUUGGGAAAUUGGAGGUGAGAUUUCAGCACAGCACUUGUUUCUGGGCGUUCUUCACUAGCUGAUGGUAACACCCUCAUUUUGCCCGGGUGUCCUCUGAGAAUGUCACACACAGCCAUGUUUGUUGGCAGACCAAUGUUUCAUUCUGAUUCACCAUUGGCAGCAUUAAUGGUUCUUCUACCAGAAGUCAUAAGGUACAGGAACUGUAGCAGAAGAGGAACUUGCAGGAAUAGGAAGGCUCUGGGAACUCAUUGCCUUCAGCAGCUACAGAGAAGUAUGUGACUAGUUGUUUAUGGGUCUAAAGGAUGGUUCCUUUUCAAAUGGGUCCUGGAGAAGAUGCAGAAAUCAGCAGUCUAGGGUGAUAAAUACUGAUAUUUGAUCUCUUAGAGAGAAUUAUUGGAAAAAGAUCAGUCUGUGAUCCCUGACCAAAAGCCUAAUAUACCGGUACUUUGCACAUGAGCUGCUUUAGUCAAAUGGACUUCCUCUUGUUUUAGUUCCAUGUGAAGCUACUUAUGAUGCUUAAAUGUUGCCUUCCUGGAUUAGAUCGAAGGUCCACUUAGGCUAGCUCACUGACUCCAAGUUUUAAGUAUCUGAGUUCUAAUAUUUUGAGGUGCUAGAAGUCAUUUCUAUACUACAGGGUUCCCGGACUUUAAUAUCUAGCUGCUCCCAUCAUCCCUUGCUAGCAGGACCAGUGGUCCAGGAUGGUGGGAAUUAUAGUCCAAAAACAGCGGGAGACGCAGUUUUGGGAAGGCCUGCUUUAUUCCACAUAGUUCUGUCAAUCUUAAUAUGCAACCCUUAAUCAUUCCCUCUUUUCCACUUCUAGCACUAGCCUUAGUAUACUGACCCAAGAAAUAGAGGAUAGUUUAACUGUCCCAUUUUCUGUCCCUCAUUUUAAGGAGCAAAAGCAUUCUCCACUGGAAUUAGGAAAUGCACGGGCAUCAAAAGGAAAACAUUAUGGUCUCUUUAUUGUAAACUUCCCCUCUUCAUGAUUCUUUUAGGGCCCCCCCCCCACUCUGGUACUUGAGAUACAGCAACAUGAUAACUACAAAUGUGGGCAUAAUGGGCACAUAACACUAUUACAGUGGUACCUCGGGUUAAGUACUUAAUUCGUUCUGGAGGUCCGUUCUUAACCUGAAACUAUUCUUAACCUGAAGACCACUUUCGCUUAUAGGGCCUCCUGCUGCCACAGCACGAUUUCUGUUCUCAUCCUGAAGCAAAGUUCUUAACCUGAAGCACUAUUUCUGGGUUAGCGGAGUCUGUAACCUGAAGUGUAUGUAACCUGAAGCGUAUGUAACCUGAGGUACCACUGUAUGAUGGUAGUUUUCUUUUAAAUUCUUUCCCUUAUCCCCCCCCCCCCAUUUUUACUACCAAGGCUCAUUAACGAGAUACCUAAUGAGCUUUGUAUCAUAACCUCCAUAUUUUUUCCGAUGUGGCUGUAGCCUCUUUUAAAUCAUCUUCAGAAUAUUUGUAUUUAGGAUAUUUGUCUCUCUCAACAUCACUUAGACCAGGGAUUUCCAGCCCAGCAAGCUCCGGGUUGCAGGCCUUUGUGCGUUUUUGCUGGGGUGGAGGGGCUUGAAAAAUAAUAAUAAUAAUAAUAAUAGGCACUUCCUAUUAUGAUGGGAGAGAUGCAUGUUUGGUUUUGUAAAUGUGAACAUAAAAAAGAGCCUAUGGGAUCAGGUCAAUGAUCUAUCUAGUCAUUGUGGGAAACCCACAAGCAGGAUUUGAGCACAAGAGCACUCUCCCCUCCUGUGGUGACGUGUAUGUGUGAGAGAGAUACUUGUGUGUCUGUGGUGUGUAUGUGUGAGGAGUGGGUUAGCCACCUUGUGCUUUUUUUUUCAUCCUGGGGAAUGCUCCCUGAUAUUAGACAGCAACGGACAGCAUCAGGGUGUGGAUCUGGGUAUAAUCAGUAUUGUGUGAUUGCCACAGUCAGGAUGAGCAGGACACUGAUGACAUCUCACAGGAAGCAUGAGGUGGGGCAGCAGCAGCAAUGACUGCACUCUCUCUAGUUUUCUGUUACGUUACCCCCAUCCCCAGCAGUCACAGCGCUGCCUUCCAAUUCAAAAUGUACCUGCUGAUCCCAAAAGAUUGGCGACCCGGUAAGCCUGUCCGAUUGUUGCUCAGUUCUCCCUUCCCUGCUAAUCCCUUUCUCUUGCUUACAUUACCUGUGCCUGGAGUUCAGUUCCAGGCUUGGUAACAAGCAAUUAUUGAGGGCAUUUCUUCUUCACCAGCCAGUUUGUUUUACCUUGAAGGCCGCAUCAAAGUGUAUUAAAUAAAUAUUUGAGAAGAAUUGGGAGUCUAAUAAUUCUGCUGUUGGUUCAAUUCUUCAAGAGCAUUCACAAAGCAAGAUCAGAAUUCUAAGCAGAGAAAGCAUUGUAUUACUUUCAGAGAAGAGUUGAUUCCAGGCAGUCAUGGUAGCACAAGAUUUUUCAGUCACAUGGAAAAAGAUUUUGGGUUCUAGAUUGGAAUUGUAACAGGACCUGUAGUGAAGAAAUGUGCACAGGACGAGCAGUUAUUUUAUUUGCUUCAAGGCUAAGCUGGGUCCAGUAUGGUUUCAAGUUGGAUUGGGGACCGCAUGUUGAGAUUCCUGCAUUGCAGGGUGUUUGCUAGAUGACCAUAGGGGUCUCUUCUGUGAUUCUAUUAUUGCUUUGUAACUCAUCUUUUCCAGUUGCACUUUGUGAAUAUAGGUCAUAUUGAACCAUUCUAAUUCAGUGAAACCAGCCACCUUCUUCACAAGUGAACUUGUAUCAUUAUUAGCAAAAUGCUCCGUGAAGGUAAAGAUGCUUCUAUCUCCAGUUGUGCAGAGAUGAAAAUCACAGUACAGUGGUACCUCAGGUUACAGAUGCUUCAGGUUACAGAUGCUUCAGGUUACAGACUCCGCUAACCCAGAAAUAGUACCUCAGGUUAAGAACUUUGCUUCAGGAUGAGAACAGAAAUCAUGCUCUGGCAGCGCGGUGGCAGUGGGAGGCCCCAUUAGCUAAAGUGGUACCUCAGGUUAAGAACAGAUUCAGGUUAAGAACGGACCUCCAGAACGAAUUAAGUUCUUAACCCGAGGUACCACUGUACUCACAACCAGAAUGAGACGUGCACUAAAAUCUUUAAUCUUCUGAAUGCUAUGAAGUGAUCAUAUGCCCUCAUAACUUUUUGUGAGCACAAAAAUAAAGCAGCUCCUUUUCUCACUGACUCCAGCAUCUUAAGGUGGUGGUUUUUUAAAAAGCAUUUGGCCUUUGUUAAUCAGAUCACUAUGCAUGUGGUUGCUCACUUCUUAUCCAGAUGGUCAAUGUGUUUGUGAAUUACAGACACAUCAAGAACAUUAAUAUGUUCUCACACAAAUGAAAUGUUCAUGUACAAGUGUAUAAUCUUUUAAUUGCGGUAGAAUUAUAAUAAGGUAGAGCUGAUACUUAUACUGUGAAUGGGAAACACUUUUGUAUUCCAUGGGAACCUGCUUCAUUAGGCAAUCGGUUGCACAAUAUUUUUUCCAGAGCGGCCACUUGUAAACAUGUGGUGACAGCUUUUUUGGGGGGGGGAGAGGUUUUAGUCCUUCAGUUUUGCAGGAUAGAAUCCCAAACAAAAAUUUAAAAAUCCUAAAACGAAGGUUGGGGGAGAAAAAGUUACUACAAUUUUGCUGAUAAGUACAAAAUCUACCAGACAACUAAACAUUUACUGGAGUGUUCAGAAGCUCAGAUAGUCAGAAUUCUCCUGUCAAGUGUGGAUUUUGUGCUUCACAACUAUGCAGGUUUCUAAGCUACCUUAUUUAGUGUGGUCUCGUUCUGAAUGUCUGUUUCUGCCCUGGCCAAACAUGUUCUUGGAAGUGACCUGUUUUGUAUGAAGAUGCCCUAAAUACUGGUCAUGCAUUAGUGUUGUUGCGUUAGGUGAAAACACUUGAAGGAGGUGGAGCAGAGGCAGCGAGGAGUCUGACUCACUGAGAGCUUCAAAGGGCAGAUGAAGAGGACUGCAGUUGAUCCCGGGGCUUGAGAUCCCCCACCCCACCCCUACUCUACAAAGACCAGUAGCUACAACUGGUUUAAAAACAACGUUCACCAGAACUUGCUAGUGUUUCAACAAUGCACUUUGCUGAGUUGUCUGGAAAGCAGGGGGCAUCUUAACAGGAGUGAGGGCAGGAUUGGGCAUACAUCUGCCUAGCAGGUGGUUCUAGCUUGAGGCAAGCUGCUUUUCAAAGUAAGCACUUCUUCAUGGUUUGAAUGAACCAGAUUCUGCAGGUGCAUUGUGGGAGGUCUCAGUGUUUGCAACCUAGUAUAAAAUAUCUCCUACAUGCCCCAGGCAAAACUUUCAAUCCUGCCAGCUAUAAGAAUGAAACUACAAGGGCAGCACAGAGGUGGCUUGUUCACAAACACACGCAAGCACAUACAUAAUGGACAGCCCUUUGGCUUUUAAAAAUCGAUCCUCAUCAAUUGUACUAAAAUAGGGGUAGGGACGCGGGUGGCGCUGUGGGUAAAACCUCAGUGCCUAGGACUUGCCGAUCGCAUGGUCGGCGGUUCGAAUCCCCGCGGCGGGGUGAGCUCCCGUCUUUCAGUCCCAGCUCCUUCCCACCUAGCAGUUCGAAAGCACCCCUAAGUGCAAGUAGAUAAAUAGGUACCGCUUUCCAGCGGGAAGGUAAACGGUGUUUCUGUGUGCUGCGCUGGUGCUGGCUCGCCAGAGCAGCUUCAUCACGCUGGCCACGUGACCCGGAAGUGUCUCCGGACAGCGCUGGCCCCCGGCCUCUUAAGUGAGAUGGGCGCACAACCCUAGAGUCGGACACAACUGGCCCGUAAAAGGCAAGGGUACCUUUACUUUUAGGGGUGGGCAAUUUCCUUGUCCCCAAAGACUGCAUGCCGUGGUGGGCUAUGGGCCACAUGGCUGUAGUAGGCAUGGCCUGGGCUCCCCCCACCCACAUACUCCCCAGCUUAGUCUCUCGUAUUUAUCCUUCCCCCAGUGUCUCAGUGGAGAGAGAGAGAGAGAGAGAGGUUUAAGCCUUCUCUCCUGGAGCACUGAGAUCCAAUAACAUCUUCCUCCCUGCUCCAAACUGCUGGGAAUAUGUCAUCUGUGCAGUGAGAAAAGGAGGGCACAUAUGUUGGGAAUUCAGGGAGCAAGCCAUUGUGUGCAUCUUGCACAUCCUGGAUUAUUUGCACUGGAAGCAGCUAUGCAGGAGGGGUGGGGGCAAGGGAGGUUGAAUCAGCUGGGGAGGGAGCCAGAGGCUGCAGAUUGCCCAUGUGCCAUUAUGAGACUCUUUGAAUAUAGUGGGUGGAAUUCAAUGUCACGCUCCUCUAACCAUUCUCUCCUCUGCACUGAGCUGGGGGUUCUUGCCCCCCUGAGCAAAAUUUUUUGGGGGGUGUUGGGGGAAGAGCGGGAGGGGCAGCCCUGUUGUACAAGUGGAAGUCCUUGAGCAGUGCUUCCACUGAUAGGGCUGGUUGGGUGAAUUCCACCCAGAAUGUUUGUUGGGAGACUAGUUCAUGGGUGACACAGGCAUAUGAACAUUAGUGAUGAACUGUAUAAUAUAUUGCAAGUCAGGUACAAUAAGAGGGUUGGCUGGUUUGUUGCAUGGUAGAAACAAAAUAUAUUUGUUUCUCCACUUAAUAUGAACCAAAAGAAAGACUUGGGUUCUGCUCUUUCAACUUUUGAAUGUUUAUUGGCCUUGUGUGUUAAUUCUGAAGCUUCUGUUAGCAAUUCGGAGGGCAAACAGUCCCAAUUUUGAUAAUAGAAUAUACAUUUUUAUUCUUCUGAGGAUACGAAUUUUCUAGAAUUGGUUUUUGCUUCAUUUGUAGUUUCAUGCACAACCCUAAGUACAAACAGCAGAUUGUAAAUCGCCAUCCUCCAGCUACUGUCAUAAUUAUGGUAAGUGGUGAACUCUUAACACAGAAAGUCUAUUGUGUGUGCUUAUUCAUACCUGAUAUUGAUCAAAUACCUUCUCAAUUUCCUUAUAAUCGCAUUAAGACAUAAGGUCCACUAAGGAGCAGUUUAAUGUUAUUACAGUGGUACCUCGGGUUACGUACUUAAUUCGUUCCAGAGGUCCGUUCUUAACCCGAAACCAUUCUUAACCUGAGGUGCACUUUCGCUAAUGGGGCCUCCCACUGCCGCCGGCACACAAUUUCCAUUCUCAUCCUGGGGCAAAGUUUGUAACCCGAGAUACUACUUCCGGGUUAGCGGAGUUUGUAACCCGAGGUGUUUGUAACUCAAGGUAUCACUGUACAUUCUUCAAAUGCAUCAUUCUAUGGGCUCAUAGAAGGAUAUUUUAACAACUUUAGCAGUUGUCAUAUGCUUGGGACAGCUGAUGCAUUUAUUUAUUUUCUCUCCUGCCCUUCCUUAGAAAGGAGCCCAGGGUAACAAAACAGGUAAAAAAACCCCCACAAAACAUUUUAAUAAGAAUCACAUCUCCUCACUGCUAGAUAACUUCUAGAGUUCCAGGCACAAUAUAUUUCAGCAGCCAAAUGCUAGGGUACAAUUGCAAGAAUGUUUAAAACUCUGCCCAAAGUGAGAAUUAAGAUUCAGCCACUGCUUUAAGUUGUAAGUAUUGCCAGGAUACUGAUGCAAGCAGUUGAAAUACAGAUUUAAGGUUCUGAUGGAGUUUGAAAAAGCCAAGUUGUUGAUUAGUUAUGAGAAUGCUGUAUGGGUUAUGGGAGUGGAGUGGGAUGUGUACAUAGGGGUGAGUACUGCUGCAGUUUUUGUGUGUGUGUGUGUGUGUGUGUGUGUAAGUUUCAAUAAACUUGGUAAUUUGAAAUCCCUGGAAUUUGUCAUACUGGUUUCCAAACAAGACUUAGAAGAAUGAGCUGAAUUCACAAUCGUUUGGAUUUUGAGGUUCAAACGCUUUGUUGUUUGGUUGUUGCUUUGAUCUUCUAGGUAGUAUUCUCUUGAGCUCAUUGUUGAGCUGAGCAUAUUUAUCAGUCAAACUCCUAGCCUGUCUGCCAUUCUUCAUUGUGUGCCCAUAGCCCCGCUUCCUUCAUGCAUUAGACUGAAAAACCGAACUCUGCAAUUUCACUGAGCUAACGCAGCCUGUUGACGAAGAGGGUAAUGGUGUGAGCAAUGGCUGAUUUCUGUGUUCUUCAUGAAAAUGGAAAACUAUAUCAUGACAUAGAAAAGAGUUAACGUCGGGCCCCAGCCAUUCUAUUUGCCACGGCGAGUGUGGGACUCCACCGAGGCGCAUGUGACAAGGGGCCGCAACUUCCUUGCAACUUCAGACCUGCAGAAGUAGGCUGAGAUCAUCCUGGCCAUUGCUUAGCUGUCCUUUCCACCUUCCCAGCUCCAAAGUUGGAAGGAUGGCCAAGGCUUGUACAUCAGCUGUCUGGAGUCAUGCAGGCAACAAAACAGGCAAUAUCCUAAAAUCGGCCAGCCUUGUAUUUUACAGGGCAGACAAGGGAAGGGUUCAGGGGAAAGGGUGGGAUAUGAAUUGAAUUAUUAUUAAUUCUGAAGGUACAUUUGAUUCUUUCUCCACAUUGACCCUUUCUCUUGGGAAAGGUGAGUUGUGUGUUGGGAACCUUUUCCCCUUCCCUCCAGAAAGGCCACUCUCCUCAAGCCAGCAAACUCCCAUGUCUAAGGGAGAAGAGCUGGUGAUUACAUUUUUUGGCUUUUAUACUUUUCCAAUAAGACACUGGGCUGGGGUCAUCUACUAAGUCCGGCUCUGAGGGGAGGGCGAACUCCCAGAAAGAGUGCACUGCAAUGCUUUCACUGACGUUCCCCUUAGCACAACAUUGAAUUCCAUCCUUUGUAGUUGUCUUUAAUUUAUGUGUAUUGUAUGUGCAUGUAAAAACAUGUAAACAAUUGACUUGGCCAGCAAAGCCAGCCAAAAACUAGACCUUUUGUUAGAGUAGCAUCUUUUGUUGAGAUGAAGUUGACUUUUCCACAUGAGAACGGGUAUGCAACUAUUGGUCAUAAAGUUGGAUGUGUGUGUCCAAAUCUGGACACUAUAUUCUCUGUUCCUGUAAGGUGUUUUGUUUUUUUAAAACUUUUUCUAAAGUUUACUUACCUGGCUCAACUUUGAAAACAAGAUGGCUGAACAACUCAGUUUAUUUUGAACUGCCUAGAAUCUGAGGGAUAUGACGUGCAUAAAUGUAAAUAGAAAAUUGAGUGAUAACAGACUUUUUGAUCUGAAUUAAAGUGCUUUGGGACAAAAUGUUUUCAGUAAAUUAUUUUCUCCCCCUCCCUCUUCUCUCCCCCCUCCCAGUAGAAACUAUGUUCCAACUUCCUGUCAACAACCUUGGCAGUUUAAGAAAAGCCCGGAAAACUGUGAAAAAAAUACUAAGUGACAUUGGUUUGGAAUACUGUAAAGAGCAUAUAGAAGUAAGUACAAUCUUCCGUUGAACUCUUGGGUUGCAGUUUAAAUUGAAGGGCUGUAUCUUCUGUUGGGAAUAUUAUAAACUGAAGUUUCAGGAGAACAGUGAUUGACUGGUAUUACAAAAGUGGCAUGAGUUUUUCACUUCUUGGCUGUACUCACUUAUCAAGCCAAAAACUGUGAUUAUCUGCUUGGCUGCCACCCCACCAAGGGAGUCAUCUCCUGAGAGACAGAGAGACAUGGAGCUUUCCCACCUAACCACUUCUUGGUAUCUUUGUGGGAAAGGUUGGGGGUUGGCUGGUUUAAGUCUGUGCCACCAAGACACACUGGUUGGCCUCUGGAUGGAGAACUUCUGUCACAUGCUGCACUUGUUAUAGGGAGAUGAUGAUGAUAAAUUUUUUAUUUGUACCCCGCCCAUCUGGCUGGGUUUCCCCAGCCACUCUGGGCGGCUUCCAAAUUUUUUUUACAAAUACUGUAAUACAUCAAACAUUAAAAGCUUCCCUAAAUAGGGCUGCCUUCAGAUGUCUUCCAAAAGUCUGGUAGUUGUUGUUCUCUUUGACAUCUGGUGGGAGGGCGUUCCACAGGGCGGGCGCCACUACCGAGAAGGCCCUCUGCCUGGUUCCCUGUAGCUUUGCUUCUCGCAAUGAGGGAACCACCAGAAGCCCUCGGUGCUGGACCUCAGUGUCCGAGCAGAACCACGGGGGUGGAGACGCUGCUUCAGAGAUGCCUCGUAGGUAAGAGGUCCAAGGAGUGUUGCUGAAGAAACUCCCAAGGAGUUGUUUCAAGGCAAAAGGAUGAUCUCUCUGUGUUAAAUAUCACAGCAUUAACUGUGGUAGUCUAGUAAUGUAGUACCUGUGCCUCAAACUGCUUCUCCCUCUGCAGUGGAGAACCUCUUCUGCCUCCUGAAGGGUGGAAAUCCAACCGUGAAACUGAGGUGGUACGGCUAGCAGGCAGGAAAGGAGAGGGAGAAAACGGGAGAUGCUACAGGAUACUGCUUAUUGCAAGCCCAACACGUUUUGGAAAACCUUGCUGGAGGGCAUGUUUUUAUCAACAGUUCUGACACACCAGGGAUUACUGCAGUAUCCUUUGUAUGUUAGAACUGUUGCUAAAAUCUGCCCUUGAGAAAUGAUUUUCCCCCCAAAAUGCAUUGGGCUAAAAAUGAACGCUGUCUUGUAGCCCUUCGAGUCUCCCCAUCUCUUUUUUUUGUCUGCUAAAUUGUGAAUCUGACUUAUGCAUUUCAAAACCGUGAAGCUGCAAUACUAGAUUCUCUUGCUUAGCUACUACCAAAGUUUUAGAUUACUUCAAUUAAAUGGGUGCGUGUGGUUUUUGCAUAUAACCAACAAAAUGGAUUGAUGUUAAUGCCCAAUUUAUCAGUAAUAAAAUAAACAACAGUGCACACUGGUUCUGUUUAGUGUUCACAACUGCAGCACUUAGAAGCAGCUAUGAUUGAUUUCACUGGGACCAAUUUAAGCAUGAAAUACUUUGAAAACUGGACAAGUUAUUCCACAAUAAAUUUGUCAGUCUUCAAUGUGCCACAUGACUCUUGCUUUUGGACAAACGCUAAAUGCAUAUUUUGAAAAAUGUGGGCUGAAAUUUCAUGUUAUCUGUGAUUUUUCACACAAUCAUUUCUAAUUUUUGUAGUCUGGUAUAUAGAUUCUGCUCCUGCACAGGACAGAUCUAGGAGGAUUCUAGUCAGGGAACUAGUUCUCAUGCCUUCUCCUUUUGAGAAGGAUUGGCAGUGAGAGCAGCUUCAUGCUCUGUGAUCUUCUGGAGAGCAUUCUCAGUAAGGUUCCCACUGAGCCUAGUUUUUUAGAGACUACUCUUUCCGUUUCUACGCCUUUUACUUAAAAGUACAAAUAGCCUGUCGACGCACAAACUACCGUACUUUUCUGUCUAUUAGAUGCCCCCAUAUAUAAGACUCCCCCUUAUUUUGGGGGACUCAGUUUUAAGAAAAUGAGGGGAGAUGGCCCAAAGUUGUUGAGCCUCCUUCCCCAGGCAGCUGCAGGCAGGAAACCCUCCCUAGAUUGUUUCCUGCGCACAACAGCAUCGAGGGAAGUUGUGCCCCAGCCAGCCAGCACCCCCAGAUGGCUCCCCGCGUGCAGUGGCAUCUCUCCCCCGCAAUGCCACUGUCCGUGUCAGUUUUUUGACAUGAUUUUUGUGUCAAAAAACCUCGUCCAAUACACAGAAAAAUACUGUAAUCCAUGUUCCUGCAAGUAUUUCCUUGCUCAUAUGGUCUGGCAAGCUCAUUCCCUCGAAUAAUUUUUCAUAUGUGAUUAUCUGUGUGACUUACAGAUUGCAUAAAAAAAUUAAACGGACUUCGUAGGGGAAAGCGAACAGGGGCGAGACAAAUUUAAGCAAUUUAAAGUCAUCUUCAUUUCAAAGGAAUGUUAAGUACCUGUCUUCUAUUGAAGUGGUUGUAUCAUGCCCUUAAUUAGUAAAAAAAUAAUAAGUGCAUUAAUUAGUAAAAAUUAUACUCCCUGGGAAGUUUUCUGUUAAUGAGCCCUUUUAUUUGCAAUUUUUGGUACCUUAAUAAUUCUUCUUGAAUUUUCAAGAUCUAAAGAAAUGAAUAGGCAAUCAUUCUGUGGUUUGUUAUUUCUAUUUAUGCUUUUGUCAAUCUUCCACUGUUGCAGGAUUUUAAGCAGUUUGAACCCAAUGACUUCUAUCUGAAAAACACUACAUGGGAAGAUGUUGGAUUGUGGGAUCCUUCACUUACAAAAAAUCAGGUUGGUAAUAAUGUGGUAAAAUGACCUUAAAUCUGAAACCAAUUAAGUUUGGAAUCGUGUUUUUAUGACAAACGUUAAGUGCUUUACAACCUAAAUUAUAUCUGUUUACGAAAGUAAUAAUUCCCACUGAUUUCAGUGAGAUUUAUUGCAAGAUGUGUGUGCAUAGGAUUACAGCCCAGAUGUCAGCAGAGGUGGGACAGAAGAAAAAGAGUGUUAUAGUAUUAUGGGGACUGCACUGUGGUGUCUGGAAACUGCAGUUGCUGAUUAGGUCUGUUAAAAUCUUUUGCACUUGAGUUUGGCAGUGAGUGUACUCCUGAAUAUGACUUAGUUGGAUAUUACCACUAGUAGUUCAACAUAUCGAAGAAAUUUAAACUUAACUAGCAAAUUUUUGUCCCUUUUAAGAUAAGCAGAAUUGAGAAAGAACUGACAGCAGGUAGUUCAACUCUGAUAUACUACCAAAACAUUGUUAAAGAAACUUAACAAUGGUUUGGUGGGUCUGAAUUGACAAAGCAUAGUGUAUAUAGUGAGGGGGGAAAGUAUUUGAUCCCCUGCUAAAUUUGCCCGUUUGCCCUCUGACGAAGAAAUAACCAGUCCAUAAUUUUAAUGGUAGGUGUAUUGUAGCUGUGAGAGACAAAAUAACAACAGGAAAACCCCCAGAAACCCAGAAGACAAAAGUCAGAGAUUGAUGUGCAUUAUAAUGAGUGAAAUAAGUAUUUGAUCCCCUAUCAACCAGCCAGAUGUCAGGCUACCUGGUAUCUUCACUGUAUGUAACGAGCUGAGAGUAGAAGCACCUGCUGUAAGGGAGAGGUCUUACCUGUAAUCCCACCUCGUUACAGUACCUGUACAAAAGAGACCUGUCGACAGAAGCAAUCAAUCCAGCAGAUUCCCAAGUAGCCACCAUGACCAAGACCAAAGAGCUGUCCAAGGAUGUCAGGGACAAGAUUGUAGACCUGCACAAGGCUGGACUGGGCUACAAGACUAUUGCCAAGCAGCUUGGUGAGAAGGUGACAACAGUUGGUGCAAUCAUUCGCAAAUGGAAGAAACACAAAAUAACCGUCAACCUCCCUCGGUCUGGGGCUCCAUGCAAGAUCUCAUCUCGUGGAGUUGAAAUGAUCAUGAGCAAGGUGAUGAAGCAGCCCAGAACUACACGGGGGGGAAACUUGUCAAUGAUCUCAGGGCAGCUGGGACCAUAGUCUAAGGUUAUCAGAUUUUUUCCAAUAAAUCUGGGGAUGCAAAUAAAUUAAUAUAGUAUAAUAUAAUUAAUAUAAUAUAAUUAAUACAGUGGUGCCUCGCAAGACGAAAUUAAUCCGUUCCGCAAGAGUCUUCGUCUAGCGGUUUUUUCGUCUUGCGAAGCAAGCCCAUUGACGGAUUAGCGCUAUUAGCGCUAUCAGCUGUUUAGCGGCUAUUAAAGGCUUAAAGGCUAUUAAAGGCUUAGCAGAUUAGAUAAAGGGGGGGAAAAGCGGAAAAAAAAUCUCAAGACUCGUAAGGUAUUUUCGUCUUGCGAAGCAAGCCCAUAGGGGAAUUCGUCCUGCAAAGCAACUUCAAAACGGAAAACCCUUUCGUCUAGCGGUUUUUCCGUCUUGCGAGGCAUUCGUCUUGCGGGGCACCACUGUAUUAUAUAUUUUUUUAAAAAAAGGAAAAAAAAACAUUUUAAAAAAAUUAAGGAAAAAAGUCAACACCACAGAUCAAAGUUUGCUUUAAAACUGAGCUGGCGAGGAGGUCCUCUCUGUGAGUGUGCAGACGGCACCCAGUGGGGAUCCCGAGAUGCAGCUGAGCCUCCUGCUCGCUGCGGGGCUGCCCCAAAGCUCCCAGCCACCGUCGGCUGAAGUGAUCCAGUGUUCCCUGCUGCCCCAAAGCUUUUGCACGAACACACCCACCCCACACCACUUCUUUCUCUUUCUCUCCCCAGCCCACCUCCCUCCCCCCAUCCCUCCUUCUGUCCUCCCCAAAGCCAUGCAGCCGCAAGCAGCUCAAAUGGAGUGGAAUAUGGCCAGUGGUGGCAGAUUGAGCCUUUAGAUUAUCUCCUUCACAUUUGGUACCUAGGUAAAGGUAAAGGGACCCCUGACCAUUAGGUCCAGUCGUGGCCGACUCUGGGGUUGCGGUGCUCAUCUCGCUUUAUUGGCCAAGGGAGCCGGCAUACAGCUUCUGGGUCAUGUGGCCAGCAUGACGAAGCCGCUUCUGGCGAACCAGAGCAGCGCACAGAAACGCCGUUUACCUUCCCGCCGGAGCGGUACCUAUUUAUCUACUUGCACUUUGACGUGCUUUCGAACUGCUAGGUUGGCAGGAGCAGGGACUGAGCAACAGGAGCUCACCCCGUCGCAGGGUUUCGAACCGCCGACCUUCUGAUUGGCAAGUCUCUAAUCUGCUUUUAUUUGCCAGAAGCCCCCCUCUCCUCCCACUAGCUUGGGUGAGUGGGUGGUGGCGGUGAGGAGGCAGAAGUAGUGGUGAAGAAGAGAAUAUAUGUGUGUGCACGCCCCCCUAUUUUUUUGGCUGCUGCCACUUCUCUACAUGAUAUGUUUAAAUGAUUAGCUGAGGCCAGGGGUGGGUAGAAGAGAGAGAAAGAGGGAGUGGAGAUUGGCGGAAGAGGUGGAAGCAGGAGGUGGCUCCAGUUCAGAACUAGUGGAGAGUCUGUGUCAGGACUUCACAAUCUCCAGUCACACACACAGAGAGGUGCAUGAGCGAAAGGGAGCUGGCAAUACAAUUCACUGGGAUUUUUCUUUUUUCUUCUAAGGGCGAUUUCACUUGCCCCCUGCCCUCCUUUCCCUCUCUGUUUCUCUUUCUUUAUCUCUCCAUUGCUUUGAGUGCAACCAGCUUUGUUCUUGAUCUCCAUUCACGGGGCCGCAGCAGCAGCGUCAGGGACAGGGGAGAAGCAAGGAGGGUGGGGCGAAGCUUGAAGAAGGGUUGGAAGUGGAUCCUGCCAUAGGCCAGGAUGCCAUCCAGGGAGAUGUAAAUGAGGCCAACGGAGAAAGGGGGCUUUUCUUUCCGAUUUUUCCUCUCUUGCACGUGUGCCCGUGCUUUGCAAUCACAGCGCCUUCUCCCCACUUCGCCUCCCUGCCAAACAAUUGAGUUGAUUCCGGCUGCUCCUGUUGGCGUCCUUGUUUCCUGGGGACAUUUAAUGAAAUCGGGAUAUUCCAGGGGUGGAAUUGGUCUGGGGAAAGAUUUGCAAAUCUGGGGACUGUGCCCAGGAACUGGGGACGUCAGGUAACCCUACCAUAGUCACCAUGAAAACAGUUGGUAACACUACGCCGUGAAGGACAAGAGAUCUUGCAGAGCCCACAAGGUCCCCUUGCUCAAGACAGCACGUGUACAGGCCCAUCUGCAGUUUGCCAAUGCACAUCUGAAUGACCCAGAGGAGAACUGGGUGAAAGUGUUGUGGUCAGAUGAGACCAAAAUCGAGCUCUUUGGCAUCAACUCAACUUGCCGUGUUUGGAGGAGGAGGAAUGCUGCCUACGACCCCAAGAACACCAUCCCCACUGUCAAACAUGGAGGGGGACAUAUUAAGCUUUGGGGGUGUUUUUCUGCUAAGGGGACAGGACACGUUCACCACAUCAAAGGGACGAUGGACGGGACCAUUAUCGUCAAAUCUUGGGGGAGCACAUCCUUCCCUCAGCCAGGGCAUUGGAAAUGGGUCGAGGAUGAGUAUUCCAGCAUGACAAUGACCCAAAACACAUGGCCAAGGCAACAAAGGAGUGGCUCAAGAAGAAGCACAUUAAUGUCCUGGAGCGGCCUAGCCAGUCUCCAGACCUUAAUCCCAUUGAAAAUCUGUGGAGGGAGCUGAAGGUUCGAGUAGCUACAAAUCAGGCUCGAAAUCUUACUGACUUGGAGAGGAUCUGCAAAGAGGAGUGGGGCAAAAUACCUCCUGAGAUGUGUGCAAACCUGGUGGCCACCUGCAAGAAACAUCUGAAAUCUAAUUGCCAACAAGGGUUUUGCCACGAAGUACUAUAAGUCAUCUUUUGCAAAGGGAUCAAAUACUUAUUUCACUCAUUAUAAUGCACAUCAAUCUUUGACUUUUGUCUUCUGGGUUUCUGGGGGCUUUCCUGUUGUUAUUCUGUCUCUCACAGCUACAAUAAACCUACCAUUAAAAUUAUGGACUGGUCAUUUUUUCAUCAGAGGGCAAAUGGGCAAAUUUAGCAGGGGAUCAAAUACUUUCCCCCCUCAUUGUAAUAGGCCAACAAACUAGAGCUGGUAAACCAUAAUUUAGUUUGCAAGGCAUAAACUAUGGUUUAGCAUGAUUAAUGAAUUGACAGACCAUAGUUAUGGCCUUUUGUUUUCCUUGCAGAAGCUGCUGCACGAUAGAGAGGAGUGAAUCUGUGAUUUAUGAAACUAAGAGGGCAGAAAAUGAAAGCAGUCUAGCAGCCUUGAAUUAUGGUUUGGCUGUGGUGUGUUUGGAAUCUCAAAACAGUGAUUUGAGUUACACACUAAAUUUAGCACAAACCAUGGUUUGAUGUCUGAACUGUCAGGGUAUAUUUACCGGAGCAAUCUGAGUUUAUCUAGUUGCAGACUGUAUCAGAUUGAAAGUUUGGAAACUUUGAUAAAGCCAUAAUUAGAUGUUGCACCAAUACAAAGAUUCUAAAAAGAAUUUGUGCAUGCUUAAGUAUUUAUCACUGCUUGAGAAUCUGGUAUAUGCUGAUGAAUCACUGGACUGGUUCAGAUAUAGUGGGAAACUGCGCUUUCGUGUUAUGAGAACACGUGGUGGCACAGCUUAGAUUUCUAUGCUCUCCCAUUGCUUCUCUGAGGAAAUGGAAAGCUGCUUUCGUUCUUGACCUCAAUAGAAGCCAUGUUCUGGUGUUUUUACUGCUGUGCAUGCUAACACUUAUGUGAGAGAGACUAAGAGCACCCUUACAAGCCCUACUUCCUCUGAAGCAUAACUUUUUUCCAAGUCUUUCACAAGUUGGGAGGAUCAAGUUCUGAAACCGGGAGCCUCCUUUACUUCUGGAGGCUCCUUACACAAUUUAAAACCCUUAGUUUGAAAGUGGUGUGGCUCUGUGAAGCUUUCAGUCUCCUGAAGCACAAAGUUGCAGGAGAAGGGGGAGGAAGCAUGCAGCCCAAAGGUCACUGCAGCUCGUUCUCUUAAUGGGAAACCAUGGUUUGUAGCAUAUGCUAGCCCUACUCAGAGUAGACCCAUUGAAGUUAAUGAACAUGGCUAACUUAGGUUCAUUAUUUUCAGUGGGUCUACUCUGAGUAGCACCAGCAUAGGAUACAACCCAUGGCUUCCUAUUACGUCUUAAGCAGGCAGCUGUUUGUAAUGCUUGAUUUGCAGGGGCUGAAUGAUCAAAAAUAAGGAAGAUUCAUUUCUCUGUGGUCUAGGACUAGUCUCUCUUAAAGACUUUCUAUGAAUUGCCUGAUUUUUGCCAGCUUAAAAAAAAAGAAUGUUAAAUGGAUGAUAGUUUCAUAAGUUUGCCUUGAGGCUGUGAUCCAUUGAGUCAGAAGGAUUAGGAAAGGGAAUGCAAAUCAAAUGCAGUUUUUCUGAUACUUAAGUUUCUUUUUUGUUUUGUUUUUAAGGACUAUCGGACAAAACCCUUUUGCUGCAGUGCAUGUCCAUUUUCUUCAAAGUUCUUUUCUGCCUACAAAAGUCACUUCCGGAAUGUUCAUAGUGAAGACUUUGAAAACAGGAUCCUUCUCAAUUGUCCCUACUGUACUUUCAAUGCAGACAAAAAGACUUUGGAAACGCAUAUUAAAAUAUUUCAUGCUCCAAAUGCCAGUACACCAAGUGGAGGCAUCAGCACUUUUAAAGAUAAAAACAAGCAUGAUAGCCUUAAACCUAAGCAGGCUGACAGUGUAGAACAAGCUGUUUAUUACUGUAAGAAGUGCACUUACCGAGAUCCUCUCUACGAAAUAGUUCGAAAGCACAUUUACAGGGAACAUUUUCAGCAUGUUGCUGCACCUUAUAUAGCAAAGGGAAGUGAGAAGUCACUCAAUGGGAUUGUACCCUUAAGUUCCCGAGAAGAGGGCAUGAUUCACUGCAAACGCUGCCUUUUUAUGCCGAAGUCGUAUGAAGCUUUAGUACAGCAUGUUAUUGAAGACCACGAGCGUAUAGGAUACCAAGUGACAGCAAUGAUAGGGCAUACAAAUGUGGUAGUUCCAAGAUCCAAACCUUUAAUGCUAAUUGCUCCAAAACCACAGGAUAAAAAGCCUAUGGGACUUCCUCAGAGGAUGGGUGCCCUGUCCCCUGGAAAUGUCCGGUCUCUUCCAUCCCAGCAAAUGAUGAAUCGACUGAAUAUACCAAAGCCUACAUUGAAUUCUGGAGGAGUAAAUAUGAUGUCCAACGUUCAUUUGCAACCGAACAACUAUGGUGUGAAAUCGGUACCGCCAAGUUACGUUGGUCACACGGGAGGAAGGCUAAGUUUGACAGGUAGUUCUCCAGUUUCUCUAUCCCAGCAGUCUCAAUCAAUGAAGCAGUAUUCCCCAAGUGGAAACGGGCGACCUUACCCUCUCGGAGGGGAACCAAGAUCGCAGGCUACAGCAAGGUACUCUCUUUCGUCUGCCAACUCAUCUUCACUUUCAUCAGGCUCACUGAAAUCAACAUCAUUAGGUCAGUCUCAGGCAGCAUCCAGAAUAUUAACCCAGUCCACACCCAAGCCUCUUGCCGUUGGCCCUAUAUGUACCACUUCUGCCAAUACUUCAUCAACUCAGAAAUGGAAGAUUUGUACAAUCUGCAAUGAGCUCUUCCCCGAAAACGUGUACAGUGUUCAUUUUGAGAAAGAGCACAAGGCUGAAAAGGUGCCCGCAGUUGCUAACUACAUCAUGAAAAUACAUAAUUUUACUAGCAAAUGUUUAUACUGUAAUCGCUACUUGCCUACUGACACGCUGCUCAACCACAUGUUAAUCCAUGGUCUGUCCUGUCCCUACUGCCGCUCGACGUUCAACGAUGUUGAGAAGAUGGCUGCUCACAUGCGAAUGGUUCAUGUCGAUGAAGAAAUGGGGCCCAAAACUGAUUCCACGUUAACGUUUGAUUUGACGUUGCAGCAGGGUAGCCACACCAAUAUACACUUACUUGUAACUACCUACAACUUGAGAGAUGCCCCUGCCGAAUCCGUCGCUUACCAUGCUCAAAAUACCGCUCCAGUUCCUCCAAAACCACAGCCAAAAAUUCAGGAGAAGACAGAUGUACCUGUAAAAAGUUCUCCUCAAGCGGCAGUCCCCUACAAAAAGGAUGUGGGGAAAACACUUUGCCCUUUGUGCUUUUCAAUCCUGAAAGGACCCAUUUCUGAUGCACUGGCACAUCACUUAAGGGAGAGACAUCAAGUUAUUCAAACAGUUCAUCCAGUAGAGAAAAAGCUUACAUAUAAAUGUAUUCAUUGCCUUGGAGUCUACACGAGUAACAUGACUGCCUCAACUAUAACCCUGCACCUUGUCCACUGCAGGGGUGUGGGGAAGACUCAGAACGGUCAAGACAAAGGUAAUGUUCCCUCCCGACUAAACCAGUCUCCAGGUGCAGGACCUGUGAAACGUACUUAUGAACACAUGGAAUUCUCUCUGUUGAAGAAAAGAAAAAUGGAUGACGACGAUUCCCCUUCCGUCUUUGAGGAGAAGCCUGAAGAACCUGUAGUGCUGGCUUUAGAUCCCAAGGGUCAUGAAGAUGAUUCUUACGAAGCUAGGAAAACAUUUCUCACCAAGUAUUUCAAUAAGCAACCGUAUCCCAGUCGGAGGGAGAUUGAAAAGUUAGCUGCCAGUCUCUGGCUUUGGAAAUCCGACAUUGCUUCACACUUCAGCAACAAAAGAAAGAAAUGCGUUAGAGAUUGUGAAAGGUAUAAACUGGGUGUCUUGCUAGGUUUCAACAUGAAAGAACUGAACAAGGUUAAACACGAAAUGGAUUUUGAUGCCGAGUGGUUGUUUGAGAACCAUGACGAAGAGAAUUCCAGAGUCAAUCCUAGCAAAACUGUUGAUAAAAAGAUAAACCUAGAGAAAGAUAAUGAAAGUUCCUCAGACAGUUUUGAGAACAUAGAACAGGAAUUCAACGAAAGCAAUAGUCCAUUUGCAGAAUCUGUGUCUAACUCUGGUCGCAAAACAUCUAUUAAUAGUAUAAAUGAGACACCAGAUGAAAGCAUAUCUAAGGAGACAACUGAAGAAGCCACUUUGGAGUCUCCGGAAAAAAUAGACCAAAAGGAGGAUGGAGACCCCAAAUACAAGGAGAGUAGCUCUGCAGAAGAACCAACAAAGCUGGUAGCUGAAGGUUCAGACAGUGAAGGUGACCAAGAAGAUCAAGAUGAUCCCAUUGAAUGGAAAGUAGAAGCAUCGCCGUCUGAAAGCGUACCUGGUUCUCAGCAAGUGUCUGACUUUGAAGAUAAUACAUCUGAAGUGAAACCAGAAACGUGGACGGAUGAAUCAUCCCAAAGUGAAGAUGCUACUAAUAGUAAACCAGUUGCAGAAACUAAAGGUGCUGCCUCUGAGAGUGACGAAGAACAGUCAAAGUGGAAGAAUAGUUCCUAUGGAAAAGUGGGUGAGUUUUGGUCCAAGGACCAGUCACAGUGGAAAAAUGCAACAGAAAUUGAAGAGAGCUUGUCAAAUCAGCAGAUGGAGUGGCAGAACAGCACAAUUGACAGCGAGGACGGAGAACAGUUUGACAGUGUGACUGAUGGGGUUACGGAAUCGAUGCACAGCACCCUAACUGGGGUAGAGCUGAGUAGUCAGCAAGCAUAAGCUGUUAAAACUCGAGACUCCAUAUCUUCCACUUGACAACCGUCUAAACAUUUUCAUUUCAGAACGACUGCUAAGUUCAUUGUAAACUGGUACUGCCUUUUGAAUGCAAGGUCACCUGGUUAGUGGCUGUGAGGCUGCCACACCGAUUCCAGUUCUUAUUGCAAAGUAUGCUGUUGGCAAAUCUCACUUGAGAGUAUCUGCUGUGACGAGCACAGUAACUUAAUGUGAAAAUGGAUAUGUUGGUGGCUCCCAGUUGCUCGCUGAAGAAAAGCAAAGGUUUUAUUUUAUUGGCAUUUUCAACAUAUUUCACUCUGUAUAUGUUCAGCUGUAUGUCUUUUUAAACAUUACCCUUUUUCACAUGGUAGUUUUAGGGCCAACAUAUGAGCUACCAAUUCAAUGUGUAUAGUAGGACUCUGGGGAAAUUGUUUUUUUUCAUGUAUCAUUCUGAAUAGUUGAAAUGUAUAUUUGUACAGUCUUUUAGACCUAUUCAAGUGAUGCUUAUGCUAUUGUUCUUGUGUACCCAUCAUAGAUUUGGUUCUUUUUUCCUUUUUUUUAGUGUUGCCCUGCUGUGUAAUAAAUGCUGUAUCUAGUUUACCUAGCAAAAAGCUUGAAACUGCUAUAGUAAGAAUUUUGACAGACUUAGUUUUUGCACAUAACCUUGUACAAUCUCAAAACAGAGGCCAGCAACAUAAAAGUAUAUCUGGACUCUAUUGUAUUAUAGAAUUUUCUUGUUCUUGAAUAUCCUUGACAUUACAACUGAUGACUAUGUAUUUCAGAGCCAUUUUCUGAAAUCUUUUAAGCUAAAAAAAAAAAAUCACAUGCAAGAAACAAGUUUGCAGCUACUAAUUUUGACACCUUUUAGAUCUGUAUAAAAGUGUACUGUGUUAAAGCAGCAUACGGAAAUGAGUGCUGCAUUUUUGGAUAUUUAGUUUUAUCUUUAGUUAACACCAACAUGGUGUUGUAUUCAUUUAUACCAUCUAAUAUAUGACACAUUGUUGUAGUAUGGAUAAUUUGUGAUCUUUAUUUCCCCUUUGUAUUCAUUUAAGCAUCUAAAUAAAUUGCUGUAUUGUGCUUAAUGUAAACAUUUGCUUUAUUACGAGGUCUGCAUCCCUCAUUCUAAAAACUCUGCUUCAUUAUGUUGGCUUUUGUUGAAACGAAGCAAUCUUGGAUGAUGAUGCCUUGAGAAAACGAAAGAUUUCUGCUGGAGCAGUCUCAUACAAAUCACAAUAGGUGGCCUAUAUGAAAACGAAUCCUAUGGAGCCUCAAUCAAGUAAUAGACAAAUACAAAUGUAAAAGACUAUAUAGGUUAACUGAUGUGCAAAUAUGCAGCACAGCCAAUUUAAAGUUGAGCAUUUUAAAGUCCCAUUGCUUUCUGUGGGGAAGUUAAAUGUAUACUUAAAGAUGGGGCAGAUGAGCAACAUGAAGAUAAAUUAAGGUAGUAGUGAGCAUUGUAACUUUGGAAAGUGUUCAUAUAUCACAUAUUUCUAAUAUAAUUCAUGCAUUUAUCAGCAAAUGUUAAAAGUAAUAUACCAGGGGCAUCUUAUUCCAUACUAGGAGUGAAUACAUAAUGAUAUGUAUUUUCCCCUAAUGACAGGCAUAGGAAAAAAAUACUCCAACAUCCCAGUUUGUACAGAGACCAUUCUGUUCAAGUGACACAGCUUACUCAUUUUCUCAGUUAUUGAAAAAUGUAAACGUUUUCCCCUUUUUCUAAGACCUCACUUGUGCGGAAAGAAGCUUUUUAAACAUCUUAGUUUUGCUUCAUUGUGUUGCGAUGUGCUGGAGUCAAGGAUGCGUCUUGUUCUAGCAGGAAGCGGCAAGAAUACAACCUGGGCAACUGAUAGUGGUGGACUCAUAAGGCAAAAGCUCACAAGAAACCUUACAAACGUUCUGAUGAUAUAUAUUGACGACUACUUUUGCAGAGGAGGGUAAGUUAGUCUGCACAUUUGCAAGGUUUUUUUCCUACCAGUUCACGAAUGUAACCAGGUAUUAGACAAGCUGGUAGUUCCUGGUAGUCAGUUAAUCAGGUAUUUGGAGUCGACCACAAAGCAAUUACCGUUUUUUUUGCUCUAUAAGACUCACUUUUUCCCUCCUAAAAAGUAAGGGGAAAUGUGUGUGCAUCUUAGGGAGCGAAUGCAGGCUGCGCAGCUAUCCCAGAAGCCAGAACAGCAAGACGGAUCGCUGCUUUCACUGCGCAGCGAUCCCUCUUGUUCUGGCAUCUGAAAUUCAGAUUAUUAUUUUUUUCCUUGUUUUCCUCUUCCAAAAACUAGGUGCGUCUUAUGGUCUGGUGGAUCUUAUAGAGCGAAAAAUACGGUAGGUCCAACUUGCAUAUUCCAGGCCACAGCCUGCCAUGAACAUAAAAGUCUAAUAUUUGCACUGAUGCCCUUGAAGCAGGUACUGUUUGUACUCACUCCUUAACCUUUUUACAAAAAAACCUAAUCCUUUUUGCUAGAGUUCUCCCUAAUGUGUCAGCAUUCCAUAUGCUAAUAGGAUGUAUUCCAGGAACUUGCCACAGGAACUUGCAUAACAUUUCAUAGGUUCUAAACCACUUAAACAGGACCUACUCCUUUUCUGUGUUUCAUUUUUGGUUUAUGCCAUAACUGCUUCACAAUUGCAGAAUAAUUUGUGAGUGUGUAAUGCAACACCAAUGUCAAAAAGAAAUUAAAAGUUUUCACACUAGGUUUUUUAUUUUAUGCACAUGAUAGUAUAAUAAGAAGCCAGGUGUUCCAUCAGAUGUAGGCAACAUGAUUCUAAAGACAUUUUUGUGAGCCCUCUUGGGUAACCUUGGAUGAGCCAGAUUGCUUUCAUUUUAUAUUGCAUUCAUGAAAAUCAAUAGAUUGCAGCAGUCUGAUCAUAUAUUUUUAAUAUAGCCUUCAGUAUUGAUCAAUUCACUCGAAAGGAUACAGUCGUUUACUUCUGCAGUCUAAAAUCUACAUCUCCAGAAAUUAGUAAUAGUUGUGCAUGCCUUAAAUGUUCUAAACAGUCCAUUGCUGUUGUGAGCAAAACCAAUGGAAAGAGCUGGGAGAUCCUAAGGUAUGAGCUCCUGUAAUUGCAACAUCUGCAGCAAAAGUUGUGUACAUACACUGUAUAAAUACAGAUACACAGCUUGUUCUUAGCUGCAUGACAGAAUUUAGGCAUCCCGGCAGUGCCAUUCAUUUCAGUAGAGGCAGAAUACAGACAAAGUCCAUGUGCUGAUCCACUGCCUUUGUUAAAAUGAGUGUUAAUUCAUUUCAUCCCUUUUAGGGAAGUACUUUGUAUAGAGGGAUCAGAAAAUGCUUUAAAAUCGCAUUUAAUGGAGAGCUGGCCCAAGACAUCUUGGCACCUGAGGCAAACCACAAAAUGGUGCCCCCCCCCCCGCCUGCCAGGAAGAAGAGUGAGUGAAGAUCUGGAAUAGAGAUCUACAUUGGGAUCUGCUGUCGUGUGGAUUCUGCUUGAGGCAGCCUCACCUUGCCCUGUAUAUGAGCAGUACCCUGUUUCAUAUGGGGGAGUCUGCCUCGUAUGGCUUAUAUGUACUGCUUCUGAUCGCUUAUACCUUUGUGGCUGAGCUUGUAACCAAAGGUUCAUGCCUCAAAAAUAAGACACUGGAUGCAAUGGCCUCUUUAGUGCGCAUUACGUAUUUUAAUUUGCUUGUUUUGAACAUGCUGUGGUUCAAUAACAUGCAUUUUCCAGAACUAAACCAUUCAAGUUACACUUCAGAAGAAUUUUGAAUAUAUGUGCUAUUUGGAAGCGGGGAGGUAAGUAAGAUUGUGCCACUUUAUUAGGCAACUUUCAAAGUAGGAUUUCUACACUGCAACAACCUUGGUAUAAAUGAAAGAUUGUAGCAGUUAGGCAGAGAGUAGGAAAAUAGCUUCUUGCUGCAAUCCAUGGUACUUAAGGUAAGUAAGUUUCAUCCAAUUUUGACAUCUUAAAUGUGCUAUUCCUGCUUUGUUUACAUAAACCUGUCUCAAAUGCCAAAUGGAAGCAAAGCAACAAGACUGUAUAAAGUUUUUGUCAUAGCACAAGGACCAUCAAUACUUGAAAACCAGCAAAUCUGGGGAUUAGUUUCUCCCUCAUGGGAAAGAUAAAAAGGCAGAAAUAUUACCACUCUUCCCUUCUUUGGUCUAACAUCUAUUUUACUCUAUCCCUGUAGCUGUUCAGAUCAAGUUCUCUCAAAUGCUAGAGACGAUUAAAUGCAGCCUUAGUGGUUCUGGUACUUGCUGCCUAUAUAUUUGAUAGGAAAAUAAUCUUCAGUUCUGUAGAGUUCUGGCAGGCUGUAAGUGUGCUGCGAAGCUGUGGCAUGUUUCUGAAAAAGAAGAAAGACAUUAGUUCUCCCUCAGCUGGUCGCCAAAGAAUUAGAUUUUAAUUAAAUUGCUCCUAACUGAUUAAAUCAAAUUUAAAUGUAUAUUGUACAUAAUAUCUAAGUGGAAGUGGUCUUCUGAGCAUCAAAAAUAAAUUUGGGAAUUCUGAAUAUUUCCAAUCGUUGCAACAAACUAAUGGUAAAAAAUCGUUUUAACCCCCCCAAAGCUCUAGUCCUGUUAGCAGCAUGAGAUCCAAACGAAAGUUGAUAUAAGUCUAAGCUUGAGUUGCCUGCAGAUUUUACUGGUCAUGGGAAGAAUCUAUUUUGUGACGGAAUUACCUCUUGAACUUUUGUUAAAUUACUGAAAAUCAAGUAAUCUUAUGUUUGAUUUGGUGCAGAAGAAGAUGGCACCUAUCCUGGUGGCAAGUCCUUCAAGCACCUCAAAUCUUUGCUGCCUUUGCCUUUGUAUCAAGUUAUGUUGUACCAUUUGAAACUUUUGUUUUGUAAAUGUAUCACACACAAUACAUUUAAGCUCUCGGGUCUUUGUUCCAAUUCUGUGCUAGCAUUUAAACAGUAAAUUAACACUGAAAUCUUUCUGUGAGUGAAAGACCUUUCUGGCUUUUCGGCAAGUAAUUUGGGGGAAGUGAUUGCUAGAAGAACUGGUGGGUGCAAGAAGAGUUUGCAUUAGCUUGGCAAUACAAUGCCCCCACUGGCAGACUUGGAAGCAGAAUGAAAUAUUCCUCUUAAUCCCCCCCCCCAAAUACCCAAACUGGACCAUGUGAGGCCUGGAAUGACUGCUGGCAGGAAGAUGCAGGUCAAUGCAUCCUUAUUUCAGUCUGGCCCUUUGGAAUUAAUGACUUUCUGAACUUGGCCUGUGGGGCAUCUGCAUCCUUGUCACAGUACCAAGCUUCAUCAGACCAGGCUAAUAUAACCUAAUGUUGUUUUCCCCCAAAAAUGUGGCCAGUCGGAUACUGAGCUCACAAGCAGGGCAUGAAGGCAACAGUCUUCCCCAGCUGUCUGUCCCCAGCACUAUCUGCCUCUGAAGAAAAAAACAAACAAGUUUCUGUUCUGUUGUAUAAUAACUCAAAACUCUUCUGCUUUCAUUUCCAUAUAAAACUGAAAGGAUGAGUAAGUGUUUAGAAGGGGGCUGGUUCUGGAUUGACAGGAUGGGCGAGGGAUUCCUAAUUCUUGUGCAUUGCUCAAAUGGCAAAUGUGAGUCUGGAAGCACAUUUUUAGGCAUGUUUACCUGGAAAUAAGUCAAAUUGGGUUUUGCUGGACUUUCUAGUAAUUAGAUUCAGGAUUGCAGCUUUCAGACUUUAUGAAACUUCAGUCCAAGAAAGAAGCUUAACAAGAUACUUGAGGACAAGAGAACUGAGGCACUAGGUAGUGAAAUCUGCUAUACUGCCAGCUGUCAGUGAAAGCCUAUUAGGAGGGUCUUCUAUUCUUAAUCUCCUCCUCCAGAAACUGGGCAGGGGGAAAGGAAUGAAUAAUCAACCAACAGGCCCUUUGUAUCUUUACUGUCUCCUCUUCAACUUUUAGUUACUGAUGGCUUCCUCUACAAGAACCCUUAGCAUCCCCCCCCCCCCAUACACAUAUUUUUAAAAUGCAAUUCAUUCUGAAUUUCACUUCGCCAUUCCCAUCACCCUAGGUCGGUGAAGACAACCACAAAUCCUAGACCUGUAUAAUUUAAAAAAUCCAUAUUUUUAUUAUCAUGAAGAAAAAAAUAAAUUCCAUUUAGCCAUGCAGAAGCACUCUCCUAACAGCCAGAGGUCCAUAAUCAUUACACAUCUCAGUGGAAUUGAAGGCAUUUGAUUCAGCUAUAAAGUUGGAACAGGUUGAUAUCAAACUUGACCCACUGUAGUAAGGAAAUUGUAGCUGUGGUAAGGUAGGCAACUUCUUGAAUAACAUUCCCUAACCUUACAAGGGAAACCGUUAAUGGCCUUUUCCUCCAGUGGUUCCAGAGUGGGACAGUUUUAACUUCUGGAGAAGUAUCUCCAUUGUAGCAAAGUGACACCAAGGACUUCACCUAAAUGCCCAGCCCAGCAGGUAGCUUUCUUUCAUUUGUGCAUCAGAGAGAGAGACCGUUUCUGACAGAGACACUGGCUAUGUUUGGUUGCACCUCCAAAGCCUGAGCGCAUUCCUGAAUUCAGAUGGCCGCCUUCUGGUAUAGUUAGUUUCUCGUGCUUGGCAAGAAACCUUCAACGCGGAGCAGGAAUGCAAGUGGCUGGCACCAGAGCCAAAAAGGCUGGUGAGCACUGCAGUUCCUUUGCAGCUCUUUGCUGAUCUCCAGCUUUUGCAUCCGUGGUGAGGCAAAGGUGCUCCGUCACGGCAACCUGCCUUUCGCAUUGCAUGGCUGCACUUCCCAUCAUUGCACAGAGCCUCCCUGAAAUGCUGCAGAGGAGGUUUAACUGAUAGUGGCACAUCUCCGUCACACAGUUUGAGAGCCAACACCCCCACCCCUGGCUCAUCAGCCUCAAAAUGGCAUCGCGCCACAGCUCAGUGAAGGCUGUUGCACAUCAGCACUAAAACCAGCAUCCAGUGGCUUCCUCCUGAUGUUUUCUCUUGGUGACUCAGAGUCAGCAAGUGCACGGGAGGAUUGCUGGUCUCGGCUUUUUCCCUUCCAUGCAGCCCUCCUUCCCACUGAGGUGCCAGAUCAAAAAUGUGGAAAGAACACCUGUGCAGUACUGAGGCUUAAUUAAAUGUGAUAAAGAAUGCCAGCGCACUUCCCCUUCCCCUCCGGAGGCCCAAGUUUGGAGUGUGACCAGUGUCUGCACCCAAAGGGCAGCAGCUCAGAUCAGAACAUGGAAAGGACAGGUAGCCCUGUGUAGCUUCUGAAGUGAAGAAAAUGGAGAUGAUGAGCAGCAGCUCCCAGGCUCCCUCCUCUUCAAAGCAAGCUGGCCAUUCUCUCUGAAAAGCAGCAGUGCUGCUACUAGGAGCUGAGCCAUAGGUUGGAAUAUUUUUUUUUCUUUAUAAUGCUAUUUUUGUGUUCAAACAACUAACAAGAUUGGGCACUAUCCCCUUUAUCGCCUAAAUAUCACAUCGUUCUUUUCAUUAAAGCAUUAAGGUUACCAGUUGACCAUAGUUUAAUUCUGCUGGUCCGGCUUCCCUAUUCUAGCAAGUUGAAGGGAAUGGAUGCAUUCUGUUACCUAUCCAUCUUAAAGCAGCACUGGCCUACAGGUGACUCCUCCCUCUGUUGCUGGCAUUUCAUCAGCCAGCGCAGCCAAUGGUCAGGGAUCGAUGAUGGGAAUUGUAGUCUAGAGGGCCGGUUGUUCCCACCCUCAUGUAAGGUAAGCCAACUGGUAGAAUGAGUGCCAAAAGGCUUUUCUGAGCCCAGUACACUGUACAUGGAUUGCAUUUUCUGCAUUCACAAAUGACACAGAUUUGCAUAUUAUUUGCCAUAUGCAAAUUUGCACCCUCUUUUGCGGGUGGAGCUGGGCCACACAGAAGGAAUUGCCUUGGUAGACACAAUGUUGACAGGUGAAUCCCCAAAAUUUGAUUUCCAUACCAGAAAAGGUUUCCUUUGCCUAAUUUGUGCUUGCCACACUGCUGCUAAAGGCUAAGGAGCCCUGCUUUCCACCCUAAAACAUGCAAAGAACAAGUAAAGAGAAAAAGCAACAAACCAUUUGGGCAACCUGGUAAUACAUUUCUUUUAAAAUAACUGUGUAUAUGUGUAAUAUAGCAUCCACAGGCAAAAAAGGUGAUGAGACACCAGAAAUAAAAACACAAAGCCAGGUAAAUUAGUACUCCCCCUCCUGACUGCUACAUUCCACUUGUGAUACUGUACAGCAGAGCACAACUAAAAGCUUGUCAACCCUGAGAAACAACAGUCUGAGCAAACGCAGUUUCACAUUCUAAACCUUCUACCAUGAACCUGCCACCAACUCUCAUAACAGGAGGAAGUGUACAAUGGCUGCAAUUCUAGCCCUGCUUAACUGGGAGGAAGCUCCACUAGCUUCAAUAGGAUUUACUUCUGAGUAGAACUGGUUAGGCCUACACUCUGUAUCACAGGCAUCUAAUUUUAGUCCUUUUAACCAGACAGAUGCUUCUUUGUACUAGGGAGUGUUUUUUUACCCUCCACCCAUGAAGCUCCAAGACUUCAAGCAAACUUAAUCUGACCUGGUUAUUGUGUGUUUACUAAGAUGCACAAGUCCCACUUGUAUUCAGCUGAGCUUAUUCCCAGGUUGGUGUGCACAGGAGACUGAUUCCUAAGAGGAGUCACCUUAGGCCAGUCACUGGUGUUGGGAGACCAAGGGAAGCAAAACACUCUACUUUUUAGUUUUUACUAUUUGCCCUUUACUGGUAAAAUAGGAAGGAAAAGCACAUCUGAUCACAUCUUUCCUAAUAGCUUGC